AUGGGUCAAGGACUUUGGAGAGUAGCAAGAAAUCAGCAGUUCCAGCAAGGAUUUCUUGAACCCAGCUACCUUACUACAGAUAAUGGUAGAAGAAUAAUUGUCAAUGAUAACCUCAAUCAUCGAAGGAACAUGCAAGGUGGAAUGGACAUAUACCAUUUGCUGAAAGCAAGAAAAGCAAAGGAUGAACAAGGGUUUAUUAAUCUUGAAAUGUUACCCCCGGAGCUCAGUCUUACCAUUUUAUCGUACCUAAAUGCAACUGACCUGUGCCUGGCGUCAUGUGUUUGGCAAGACCUUGCUAAUGAUGAUCUGCUUUGGCAAGGGUAAGUAAAAGCUGUGUGAUCUUUUAAGGAAUUGUAACCCCUGUCACUAGUCUUGACGAACAGGUACAUUGUGAGAUGCAGCAGUAUCCACGAUCUACCAGUUCAUUGUGUACUAACUGUAAAUGGGGAAACAAAGGUCUUGAUUUAAUAUUGCUGGAUAAACUUUUUUUUAAAAUAUUAAUAUUUUAAAAAAUAUCAAUAUUACAAAAUGUACUUUUUUCAUAAUAUUAAUUUUAAAAGUUUAUACAAAAUAUUAAAUCAUUUGGAAAGCUUACAGCAGUAUUUAAUCAAAGACAAAGUGCGUUAUGCUUGUGGUAAAAAUGCAAUCCCCUAACUUCCUGCUUCUAAAAAAAAAAAAAAAAGUUGGUAACAUUUUAUUUCAUGUUGGUAGGUAGUAGACUCUGGGCACCGAUACAAUGUAAAAGUAUUUGAUGGAUUUUUGUCUCCAGUAAUAUUCUGUAGUUUUUUUCUUGCUCAAAUCUUUAAAGUUUUUGCUAAAAAAAAAAAAAAAAAAAUUCUGUAGCAUAAGCCUGCAUUCUUAGCCUUGCCCCUCAUGCCAAAGAGACUUGGUUAUCAAAAGUAUGCACGACGUUGCAGCCCCAACAGCUCAGAGUGAGCUGCUUUUAAUUCACAACCUGGCUGCAGACAGUCAGAGAAACUAAAAACAGGUAGUGAUCUAGUGAUAUCCUUACUAUAUGUCUCCCUGGGUGUCCUCUCCUUCUAAUACAGGUUGUUUUGUUGUUUUUAGAUCAUUUAGUAUUGUCAGCUAAAAAGGCAGGAUUGUAGUGGAUUAUUCUGCAAAAAAAAAAAAAAAAACAACUAUGAAGGUUUGAGCAUGCAAAAUAUUACAGCAUAUUAAUGAGGCCACAAAAAAUACAUUAAGGUAGUAUUGGUGCCCAGAGUGUUCUGUUCCUGAAAGUAUAUAAUGGCAAGCAGAUAUAUGCUGUUUAUCCUUACAUGAUGUGUGGUAACUGUUUAAGUGCCCUGGUUAUUUAAAGGUUCAUUAUUUGUUUUAUGGUGUAUUUUACAAAUGGUGGGAUACUAUAUUACCCAAAAUGAGAGAUGAACUUUAAAACUUGAAUCCAAGUGUCCAAAAGUUGCUCCUGCUAUUCACCAAUACCCACACAUACUUGUGGCCGCAGUGUAAGUGAGGUCAGGUUUUAAACAAGACUGGAAAAAUAUUAAAGAAAAAGUGCUUUCAAUUCUAUCCCCUGUUACUUGAUCAUGGUUGCAAUACUGAAAAAAAAAUAUAGCAGCGGUAGUAGGAUAUGCUGUGUGCAGCGCACAAAGUGCUACAAUAGUGAUUUAUUUGAAGGACAUACAGAUGUACAGCAAAUGUUUUGGUUUUCAACCCUUCAUCAGUGCAAAUGCCCUUAUAAGACAAAUUCAAUAUGUGUGUUUGGAAAUGUAAUGGCUCAUAGUAUAGCACAUGGAUAUAGAAGAUAGCAUGCAUAGCAUACAAUACACCUAAGACCAAGUGAUUAGUUAAAUGUGAAAUUAGUUAUACAUAUAUACAAAAAUUACAAACACACUGUAUUAGCCUACAAAAAGCAAAUAAUGAGGCUCUCAUACAGGGAAACAUAACAAUAUAAGUACAGUACAAUAUUAUCAUUAUAAAGUGAAUAAAUAAGAGUGGGUACCCAGACAUUCUUUGCAGUGGGCACCAACUGCUACUAAAUGGGAUGUGUAUUAUGGGAACCAGUUCCAGACACACACUGGUGUAUUUUUAUUCUUAAAAAUGUCUUAAAACAAAAAUGUUUAGUUAUGUGUUAUAUGUAACAUAGCAAUCGUUGAUAAAUGCACUUGCAUACUGUGCCUCAAGGGAAGGUUAGGUAAACGAGCACAUCAAUAGAUUAAAGAGGUCUGUGAAGUGCAAAUAGGAUGGUGGACAUCAUCACAGGAAUAGUAAAGAAAGAGGACAAAAGGUGACAGUUUUUUUAUUUCCUGGACUAGCACACAACUUUUUUAGCAAAAAAUAAAUAAAAAUUGUGGUCAUAUAUUAAAGUGAGGAAUUUAAAAAUGAAAUCAGAUUGACUUUUUUAAAUUUAAGGUCAGAAUAUCCAAACUAAAAAAGUCAUAUUUCUUUUAGAUUUAGAUAACAUUUCCCAACAAAUACACUUUUAGUGAAUAAUCUUAAAUAAAUUUGAAAAUAUGUGCAAAAAAACCAAAUUGAAUCAUUAGAUGCUUGACAAAGCCCAGGCGCCAGCUCGCUAUGGUGACUAGAAAUUUUGUCCUAGUGCCUGGGUGUCUGUCAGCCUAAGGGAGCGUGGAACCAGGUGGCGAGGGCGCAGAAGCCUUCCUGCAGUUCUUGCAGGAGCAGAGCGCAAAGAGCUUAAAGAUUACACAAGCCCCACUGUACCCCAGGGAAUUUAUCCAUUCCAGCUAUCUGAAGGGUAGGGAAGCUGGAUGGACACUAAAGAGACAAUAUAGUCAUCAAAAAAACUUAAAGGAACACUGUAGGCACCCAGACCACUUCAGCUCAGUGAAGUGGUCUGGGUGCCAGGUCAAUCAAGCUUUAACCCUGCAGCUGAAAACAUAGCAGUUUCAGAGAAACUGCUAUGUUUCAUUGAGGGUUAACCCAGCCUCUAGUGGCUGUCUCACUGACAACCGCUAGAGGCUCUUCCGUGAUUCUCACUGUGAAAAUCACAGUGAGAAGACGCUGGACAUCUAUAGCAAAGCAUUGAGUAAUACUUUCCUAUGGGUGGUUUGAAUGCGCGCGCGGCUUUUGCUGCGCAUAUGCAUUUGGAGCUGACGUCGGCAGAGGGAGGAGAGUUCCCCAGCACUGGAGAAAGGUAAGUGGCCCCUUCAGCCUAGCGGAAGGGGGGCCCUGUGGGUGGGGGGGAUCUAAUGACCCUAUAGUGCCAGGAAAACAAGUUUGCUUUCCAGGCACUAUAGUGGGUUCUUUAAGCUUAAUGAAGCAGUUUUGGUGUAUAGAUCAUGCCCCUGAAGUCUGACUGCUCAAUUCUCCACCAUUUAGGAGUUAAAUCACUUUUGUUUCUGUUUAUGCAGUUGUAGCCACACUUCCACUGACUGUGACUUACAUAGCCUGCAUGAAAAAAAAUGGUUGCACUUUCAAUCAGAUGUAACUUGCUGUAAAAGUUUGUAUUUCCUGCUCUGUAAAUUGAACUUUAAUUAUUUACAAGAGGCUCCUGUAGGGUCUAGAAAGCUAUUACAGAGCAGGAGAUAAAUAAUUCUAAAUUAAACAGUAUUUUCAAUACAGGAAGUGUAAACAUUAGAUGACUCUUUGCAGGAAGUGUUGGAAGGCUGUGUAAACCACAUGUAGGGAGGUGUGACUAGGGCUGCAUAAACAAAGUGAUUUAACUCCUAAAUGGCAGAGAAUUGAGCAGUGAUACUGCAGCUGCAUGAUCUACACACCAAACUGCUUCAUUAAGCUAAAGUUGUUUUGGUGACUAUAGUGUCCCUUAAUUAAAACAAUGUGUCUGUCUGUCUGUAUCUUAGUGAGUGUUUGUGAGUCUGCCAGUGUGUGUGUCUGUUUAGGUUACCGGCCCCUGUCUGAUCCCAUUGGAAAGGUGUUUAUAUUCAGUAUUUUUCCCACACCAUGCCAGUUUGCCAUAGGAAAACAUUGGGAGGCCAUUGCGCAUGUGCAACAAAACGCUGCGCUGAUCAGCAUCUACUCCUAAAGAUGUAUUGAAUCAUUGCAUUUCUAUGGGGAACAUUCAGCGCCUUCAUGCAGAGUGUGGGGACACUUUUCUCUAAAAAGGCGGUGAUUACAUUGAAGAGCCACCAGGAUAUAGACCCCAGAACCACUACAUUAAGCUGUAGUGGUUCUGGUGACUAUAGUGUCCCUUUAAUUAAGAAUUGUGUUUUUGUGUUUGAAAAUUAAACUUUGUUAGUUAAAAAUCAGGCUCCUAAAUUUUUUUUUUUUUUAGCUUGCUCCUAGAUUCCAAGCAAAUUUGUCAAGCGCUGCAUUUACCAUACAAACACUCAUUUAACCCCUUAAGGACCAAACUUCUGGAAUAAAAGGGAAUCAUGACAUGUCACACAUGUCAUGUGUCCUUAAGGGGUUAAUGUUUCAAAGUGAAAUAUUGUUAAUAAUUUUAAAUAGGGUGAUUAGUGGAAAUACAAUCUUUGGUUGUGUACUUCUUACAUUAUGCUGCAAUUUUUUUUAAUUUUUUAAUUUUUUUUUUAAAUCCUGCUUUUUAUGAGAGUAAGGAUGGCUUAAUGAAAGUCAGCCAACUGUCCUGAACUAACAGGGCCAUCAUCCUAACUGCUCACCCAUUUAUGGCUAAUUGGAUUUUUAGUCUAUUAAUAGCUGGUACACAGCCAGCUGCUCAGUCAUACUGUAAACUGGCACUACUAAAUGUCAGCAGUCCAAUCGCCUAGAAUUUGUUCACAUUCUCUAUCUUUGUUCUGUGUUUCAGAUGCAUAUGAAUGAAGUUGUUUGUUUUUUUAACUAACAGAAUGGUUGUUUUUUGGUGUCUGCAUAAAUUCUUUUUAAUGUUUUUAAACAUGUGCAGAUAGCUGCAAAUAAGCAAUCUGAAUAUGGCAUUUUUCUUAUCAAAAACGUCUUCCGGUUCCAUCUAUAUGCUGAAUUUUUGUUUGUUUCCCAUUAUGUUGUUUUGAAUUCAUUAGAUGUAUUUCUUUGUUAUAGAAGGGCAUUCACUGCAGAAUUUUAGGUUACAUUUAUUUUGUUUAUUAACAUAUGUCAUGGACCUUUUUAGUUUAGAUUGGAUUAGCUGUCUUAGUCCAGUAGACAAGAUGCCAAAAUACCAGAGUAUUGCAUUAUGCAAUGAUACCUUUUUUUAUUGGACUAUCAUAAUAUUUCAAAGACAAGGUUUCGAGAGUUUUUAGAAAUAUGAAAACUAUAAAACCUUGGAAACACUAAGUUCAGUGUUGUGGUUAAGCUCUCAGGCAAUCACUACCUUCCACGUAGGGUUACAUUGACAUUAAUAAUAUGGAAGUAUACAUUCUGCAUUAUCAAUGUGGCCAAGGAAGGGAUUGGUGACCGAGUGCUGGGAAAUAGCUUUGUCAAAAAUUGUAUUUAAAAUAAAUCUUUAUAAUCCCUUCUUUCAACCGUGUGAUCUUAUAGGAGCACUUUAAUAUUAGGAAUACAGCUUUGCAUUUCUAACACUAAAGUGUUCAUUGCCCACUGCCACUCCCUUGUGCACUCCCAGCAAAUAAAGGGUAAAAAAACCCUUUUAACUCUUACCUUAUUCCAGCACCAAGCUCCCUCUGUUCCUGAUAGAUCUCCUUGACAUUUAUGCAUGCGCAUUAGGCCUUCCUGUGGGGGAUUGGAAGAUGCUGGACAUUCACAUAUAAAGCAUGAGGCCCAGCAUUGUCUCCCGGAGUCAAAUUCUGCAAAACAGCAGGAAGUGCCUCUAGUGGAUAUCUGGUAGACAGCCAUUAAAGGCAUUGUUAGCCCUGAAUUUUCUCUGAAAUGGCAGUGUUUUACAUUGCAGGGUAAAGGGAAUAGGGACAAUGCACCCAGACCACUUCAAUGAGAUGACGUGGCCUGGGUGCCUAUAGUGUCCCUUUAACUUUGAACUCCAUUUUAUUUUCAAUUUUAAUGUAAGCUAUCAAUGUCCAUGCUCCUCAUCUCCCUGCUUAUGUAGUUGACUAAUCAUAACUUCAGCCAUGCAGGUUAGCAUGCUGAUCUUUCAGGAGCUAUGCUGUCCCUAGUCUGGUUUAUAACAUGCUCAAUACAGUUAUGUUAUUAAACUUGUUCCGUUCCUGAAAACAACAUUUGGCUAUCAUGCUUGAUACCACACCUGGUCCAGCUCUCCUCUAAAAGUUCAGUCUUCAUGCUCUCUAGCCUAAGUUCUGAUCUGCUGUGUUUCUACAUAAAACAAGACAUUUGCAUGAACUCUUUAAAGGGAAUAUUCUCUUUUGGACUAAACUGGGCACCAGCCUCUUUUUGGUUACCAUCUUCUUACCUUGGACCUCAAGUUUGGCAAAUUCUCUGUGUUGCAACAUCUAACUACCAUAAUUUGCAUUUGCUGAAUGAAACCAUUCACCAGGCGAAAGCUGAUGCAUGCAUUAGCAUGCAGAAUAUUUAUAUUGUUAUAUUUUCAUGAAUAAAACUAUUUGUUAAUACUGAACUAGAACUCUUGUAAUUUGCCUCGGAGUAGGAGUUUGUGGGAUAUCCACAGCUCUCACAUUUUUAACAAUGCGAGGGCCGAUGAUUAUCUGAGAAAUAUUCAGCCUUUGUCUGUGGAGAAGUUGGUCUGCAGCAAACGUGGGAAAUUAAGUUAUGUAUUUUUAAAUAAUGAUUUCAAAUGUGUGGUUAUCUCCAGGCUUAAGUGGACCUUUUGAAGAUGUUAAUUGGUGCAGCAAUUACAUGUUGUUUGCCCUAAAAAUUCCAUUAUUAAGGAGUGUUCGGUGUCAUUUUGUCCUAGAAGAAUUAAGCACAUACAUAGUAGACAAAUGCUGUACUCCAGUCAUAUGCAUAAAGGUGCAGAUAUUAACUUGAUUUGUAAAAAAAAAAAAAAUUGUAAUGGUGUAGGAGAUUGUUUUUGUCACUCAUUUACGAUUUGUUUACUUUAAGUCUGUUAUUGUCUGUCUGUUAUUGCUACCUUCCAGAAAGCCACUUUAGCUGAAAUAUAAGCCAUGAAGAAUCCAGUUUGAAAUUAUGUUUUCAUAUUAAAAUUUGACUGCCUACUCUCAUUAUUUUAGUAGCAACAAAUGUGCCUUGCUUAUUUUCUUAUUUAUUUUUUACAUUAUUUCUUGUAAUCAUUCUGGUACUACUAUUAUGAAAACCGAGAUCAAGAGGUUCUCACGAGAUUUUUGUGGCUUUCUGUUGUUUAGAUACUUAGAUAUGAGCAUGGCUAAGAACAGUGGGAAACUGUAUUCUAGAAAUUGUGAGGCCCUUGUAAUGUCUCUGAGGUGCACAUCAAAGGUCAAUUAUGUAGAGCUGAAAAGAACCAACAUUUAAGCCCUCCUUGCAUUGCCCUGAAUUUGCUGCUCAGGUUACUUAAAGUGAUUGAUGCAAAACAUGAAUGAUUAGGUUCAGAUGUUCCUUAAAUACCACAAUAUAUGGUAUAUUUAUUCAUAAGAAUUCAAGAAAUGCGUCCAGGGGAAAAAAAAUUCUAAAAUUCUGCUAUACUUCCCUGGAAGCUGGAAACGUUUAUUUAAAUUAGGAAUUUUAGAGUUUCCCUUUAUUGUGGAAAAGUAACUUAGUGUGAAGACAUUACUUAAUCAAUUAAUUGUUUUGGGUUAUGUCUCCACAGACAUGGAAUUGUUUAAUUUGGAUUCCAGAACCUUGUAAGUUUGUGUGAUUUAAAGUCUAUAUGUUUUGUGUUUAUGUAAUAUAUAUUAUGGCCAUUGAACGCUUUAUAAGUUGCACCCAUCUAACACUGGGUUUGAGUUGUAUUUUUCCUUUGGCCUGAAUUAUUUACUGCUUGGAUUCACUAAGGUACUGACAUUUCUUAAAGGAGCACUAUAGGGUCAGGAAUACAAACACUGCAAAUUUUCUCUGAAAAGACAGUGUUUACAGCAAAAAGCCUGAGGGGAUUGAUUCUACUCACCAGAACAAAUGCAAUAAGCUGUAGUUGUCCUGGUGACUAUAGUUUUCCUUAAGAAUGAUGGUUUCAUAGUAGAAACUAUUUCCUGCAGACCUCCCACUCAACACAUUAGUUUGAGAAAGUUCUAUUCAUUUUCAAAAAUUAGUAAAGUGAGGCUCAGGGUCAGGAAAAAUGCUUGGGUACCAGUGUUGUAUUUGCCGCGAGGCAAAAAAGGAAUUUGCUUUGGGCGGCACUUUCCAGGGGGCGGCAAAAAACGCUGCCCCCAAAUGCCAAGGCAAAUGCCUUGUUAGCCCCGGGGCAGGCGGCUAGCUGAGGUCCAGGCGGGUGGCGAGGGAGAGCUUAUUUCUGAGCUCUCCCUGCUCGUGCGCCGCACAGUGAUGCUGGGAGCCGGAAUAUGAUGUCACAUGCCGACUCCCGGCAUCACCCUGCAGCACGCGAGGGAGUUGAGCAGGGAGAGCUCAGAAAUCAGCGCUCCCUUGCUGCCUGCCUUGACCUCAACUGACCGCCUGUCUGCCUGCACAUCUUCCUGCCCCACCGGACCCCACGUAAAAAAUUCACCUAGCUCUCCCAAAGUUAGUCUGAGUGUGUGUCUGUGAGGGAGCCUGUGUGUCGGAGUGACUGUGUGUGUCUCUGUCAGUGAAUGUGUAUGUGAGUGAUUGCGUAUGCCUGUCAGUGUGGGUGUGUGUGUGUCUGCGUCAUUGUGUGUAUGUUAGUGAGUGUGUGCGUGUCUGCCAGUGUGUCAAAUCAGUGAGUUAAGUGAUUGAAGGGUUUUUAACCCUUGCAAUACUGGGUGCGGUGCAAGGUCGGGAUGGGCAAGAGUAGGGAUCGACAGAUUAUUGGUUUUGCCGAUAUUCAGAUUUAUUUCUUUUUAACUAUAGGUAUCAGUCGAUAAUCACCGGUAAUACCAAUAAUGAGGUGGGCCGGUGAGUCCAUAAGGCGGCACAGCGCUAGAUUGGAGUGACCGGCAGGAGGUGGGCGCACUUAUGUUUCCUGUACCUGUCCGGACUGAAAGGAAGUGCUCACUGAGAGAGCACUUCCUGUCAGCCCGCCUGGGUACAGGAGACUGUGGGAGACAAGACAGGGGGAAGUUACACUUUGGGAGAGGAGGGUGAGGAAAAAAACGCUAUGGGACGGGGAGGAAAGAACGCUUAUGGGACGGGGAGGAAAAACGUAUAUGGGAUGGGGAGGAAAGAACACUAUGGCAAUGGGGAGGAGGAAAGAACACUAUAUAUGUCUAUGGGGGAGGAGGAAAGAACACUCAUGGCACGGGGAGGAGGAAAGAACACUUAUGGCACGGGGGGAGGAGGAAAGAACACUAUGGCACGGGGGGAGGAGGAAAGAACACUAUGGCACGGGGGGAGGAGGAAAGAACACUAUGGCACAGAGGAGGGGAGCAGGAAAGAACACUAUGGGACAGGGGAAGGGAGCAGGAAAGAACACUAUGGGACAGGGGAAGGGAGCAGGAAAGAACACUAUGGGACAGGGGAAGGGAGCAGGAAAGAACACUAUGGGACAGGGGAGGGGAGCAGGAAAGAACACUAUGGGACAGGGGAGGGGAGCAGGAAAGAACACUAUGGGACAGGGGAGGGGAGCAGGAAAGAACACUAUGGGACAGGGGAGGGGAGCAGGAAAGAACACUAUGGGACAGGGGAAGGGAGCAGGAAAGAACACUAUGGGACAGGGGAAGGGAGCAGGAAAGAACACUAUGGGACAGGGGAAGGGAGCCGGAAAGAACACUAUGGGACAGGGGAGGGGAGCAGGAAAGAACACUAUGGGACAGGGGAGGGGAGCAGGAAAGAACACUAUGGGACAGGGGAGGGGAGCAGGAAAGAACACUAUGGGACAGGGGAGGAGAGCAGGAAAGAACACUAUGGGACAGGGGUUGGGUGGAAAGAACACUAUGGAACAGGGGAAGGGAGAACACUAUGGUUUAGGGUGGGAAAGAACAAUAUGGGACAGGGGAGGGGGGGGAGAACACUGGGGGGGGGAUCAAACAUUAAGGGAGGGCACUAAGGUACAGCGAAGGGAAAAGAAACACUGGGGUGGGGCACUAAAAGAUAAGUGAGAGAAACAUUAAGGAGAAUGGGUUGGGGGGGGGCAGGGGAUUAGCUACCGCACAUAUUUACACACAAACACACUGCAUUUACUAAUCAAAUACUCUCACUGCAUCACACACACACACACACACACUCUCACUCUCACUCUCUCACUCUCUCUCUUGAAAACAUAAAAAAUCUGAAUGGCAUGUAUAUUUUGUGAAUUUACUGCUUAAUAAAAAAGAAAAUAUUUGCAAAAAAUAUAAUUUUUUUUUCUCAAAAUGGUAAAUGUGCAGAAUAUCGGUAAGCUAUCGGCCUGAAAGUUCAGAUUAUCGGUAUCGGCUCUAAUAAAUCAACGUCAGUCGAUCCCUAAACAAGAGGAACACAAUAGCGUUUGAAAUACACUUUUGUAUUCCUGACAGUAUAAUGUUCUUUUAAUGUGGGUACAUUAUCUUUGAAUAAAUACCCCGCCCCCUCUCUUGUGAACAGCCAUCAUUUUUCUAAUUCUGAUUAUGUACAGAAAUGCAAAUUGUUAUUUUAAGGACCUUUGCUGUGAAGACAUAUUUAACCCCUUCACUAUGGAGCACUUUUUAAUUGGAAAAAAAUAUUAGCCUAACACGUAUUUGAAGCAAAGGAUGCAUAGCUAGCAUAUAAACAUUAAAAAUAAAAAAAAUACACAAAUUUGUGCAAAUUUUAAAGUUGCAGACAAACUUUCAAAAUUAUGUAAAUUUCCUCAAUUCUUAUUUUUCACUUAUUCAUUCAGCAAAUACACAAAUUUGUGCAAAUUUUAAAGUUGCAGACAAACUUUCAAAAUUAUGUAAAUUCCUGACAGUAUAUUUUUCACUUAUUCAUUCAGCCUUCAUUAAAAUUAUUUUGGAAAAGCUUUUGAUGGUGUACAGUGUCCUUUAGGUUCAAUUGAUCCACAUAUGAUAUCAAAUGUUGGUAUAAAAGAAAAAAUUCUAUAUUUCUCACAUAUAUUCGGUGUGACUGAAAUAUAUAAAUGUAAAAAAUGGUCCAAUACCUUUCUUAUAGGUAUUUGUAAGGACCGUGACUGCCUUAGUAGUAGUUAAACUAACUAAAAAUGGCAAGAGAAUGUAAAAAUAAAAAAAAUAAUGCAUUUAAGAACAGUCCUGGACCGCCAAGCAGAGCAGACGCAUGGCACUAUAGCUCCUGCUAUUCUCAGACAAUUUGGUCCCAAAAACGGAACUUCUGGAGCUGAGUCACGACAGGCAAGUGCACUGAGAAGUGCCAGUCCUGGAGAACAAUCAGCGACCUGAUUCUUGGCCCCUUUUGGGGGGAACAUGGAACCCUAGGACCGAGGCAUGGUCAAGCCUAUUCAGGUGGUGGGUAGGGUGGACGGCCACCGCCCUGCUACCCUGCCUGGCUGCAACAUGGGGGUCCCCUAACUCAGUGGGGUGAUGGCCCUGCUUCCCCCCUUUUGGUCUGGUGGGGGUCAUCCCGGCCUACCCUGGGGCUCUUACCCGAGCAGAGACUUCACUCCGGAGACAUCACCUAAGAUGGCGGCUGGGCCUGACCGGCACGCUAUGGAGGAAGAGGCCCCUCCUCGGGGCUCUUGGCGCUCACUGUGGGCUACUCAGGGAGAAAUCAUUUGAGCAACCUACCUAACCUGAGACCCGACCUGGAGUGCUCCAAUCAACACCGAGGACCUUGAGCGGAGACCAGCUGACUGACAAAGCGACUCCAAGGGUAUUCAGGCUGCAAGCUGGCACGAUCCGGUGAAGCCAAGCCACACACACGACGGCCGCGGUUCACUAUGAAGACCUCACACAUACCCAGCUCCCAGCCGCAACCGGCUGAUACCGUCCUACAAGCUACACCACAGCUUCAUUAUUCACAGAAGGAGCUGAGAAACACAGAACUGUGACCUGCCAGUGAUGGGAGUUGGCUGCUCUCUGCACAGGGACUGGGGCUGCCUACUCUCUGUCUCUGAAUAACCACAAUCAAGAUCACGUCCACCUCUCCUCGGGGAGGAGAGUCUCUGUCCGGGGGACCCAGUGUUCUUUAACAACGGUGACAUAAAUUUCCUUUUUUUUUUUUUUUUUUUAAAGCAACACUAACCAUGCCAUCUUGCCUACCAAACCUGUCUCUUUCACUCAAUCUAUAAUAACUAUGAUUUCAGUUUUAGCCUGCACUUCCAUCUCUCCAGCCUGUUAAUUUAGCUAAUAUGUCUAAACAGAUUUACAAUUAACCUACUCAGGCAAAUAUAACUGUACUGCAUGUAUACAAUCUGUUAGCUCUUGACACAAAAUGCUAAUAAUAUGCUCAGAUAGUGCAGUGAUGUGACCUUAUGUACCAAGCAAGUCUCAGCUAUGUUCAGCUAGCAUGUUAAUCCCCAUAGGCUGCAUGAUUGACCAGUUUUUUCUUUUGUGCAACCAUGAUUCAAUGUUUAACCUCUAACAUGUUUCCCACCCUGAAUAUAAAAAAAAACGGUGCUAUGUAUUUUAAUGCCAUACCUAUGUUAAUGUAUGUUUCCAUACCUGCUUGCACCAGCUAUUGUGGCAGUGCAAACAUGAUUGUUCACGUGAAGCACAAAUAAAAUAAAGAAUUAAAAAAAAUAAAACUUCUUUAGCAAUCUUUAAUCACUCUCUGGACUUCUGUAAUGAUGAAGUAAUGCCAACAGUUCAAUGGUAGUCUGUUUAUUCCUCCUCUGUCCUUGACUGUGAAAUUAUAUGCCUAAUUGAAACCUCAUUCAUGUUUCGUGUAGAAUAUUAUAUAUUCUAUGUUACUAUUUGUAUUCAUAUUGAGUAUGGAUGUCUAAUGAGUUAAAAAGAAAAUAGAUAGUAAUUUGCUAUGCUGUACCAUGAGAAGUCUGGAAUGUGGGUAUAUAAUAAGAAGAUUGAGGGUCCUUAGGUGGUGUCCUUAUAUGGUCAAAGAUUUAGCUAAAAGUUCUGAUGUCAUUAUAUCUAUGUCUAUAAAAGAACCGUAGACCAUGUUCUAAAGUUCUGCUGUACUGUUUUUCUGGACAAAGACGCUUACUCUCUCUGCAACAUCGUUAAGCUGUACCAUCUGUUUUUUUCUUUUAUGUGUGUACUGCUGUUUGCAUUGUGAGUGGAGUACAUUUUUUUUUAAAUUUUUUUUUUUAUUAUUGUAUUGCGUAUCCCAAUCACCCAUAUACAUAUUUAUUACAGUUUGGAAUGCAGUGGCUGAGCUUGCAUUUUCUGAGCACUUGCAACCAUUAACCACUUAAAGGGACACUGUAGGCACCCAGACCACUUCAGCUAAUUGAAGUAGUCUGGGUGCUGUGACCCUUUUGCACUUAAACGACCUUGUUUACAUUGCAGCACUAAGUCUAACCUCUGUGACUGUCUAACAGACAGCCACUGGGGGGUCUUCCGGAACCCAAAUGGACUUUUGUUCCGUUAUCUGACGCUGGAGGUCCUUACGGACCUCCAGCGUCAGAUUUUCCCCACAGGAAAGCAUUGAAUUUCCCAUGGGGAGGUCUAAUGCGCAAGCGGCCAUUGCCGCGCAUGCGCAUUAGGUCUCCCCCUCCGGCUGACAGCGGUGGAGGAACGCGGGCGGAGACUGGAUUCAGGUAAGUGCCUUAACUGGUUUUAACCCCUUCAGCCCUGCAGGAGGGGGGCCCAAUGGGAGGGGGAGAGGGGCUAUUAACCCUGUAGUGCCAGGAAAACGACCUUGUUUUCCUGGCACUAUAGGAUCCAUUUAAGGUUGGAGGGAAUUGUCCAAGUUCUGAAUCAAUACAAAAUCUAGAAUUUGUGCUUGGUAUUUGUUCAACUGGGAUAUAAGGGAUUCUCUUAAAGUGCCCCCAUACCAAUUAUAUUUAUAUAUAUAUAUAUAUAUAUAUAUAUAUAUAUAUAUAUAUAUAUAUAUAUAUAUAUAUAUAUAUAUAUAUAUAUAUAUAUAUAUAUAUAUUUUAAAGGACUUUCCUUUAGUAUUCUAUUUGUUUACCUAAGGCAUCAUGAAACAAAUAGGAGGGGGAAAAAAGUUUAUUUAUUUAGUUAUUUAUUUAUUUUUUUGUUCCUUCACAUUUUAGUUUUUUAUGGUAAUUUUAACACAACCAGUGCAACUAAAUAAAGAGCUCAAAAUAGAUUCACAUAUCAGUCCUGAUUAUGAAAUGCCUUGUAUGUUUAGGAUCUAUAUUUUUUUUAUGAUUAACGCCAACACUGUGCUUAUUCUAACCCUAAUCGUAUACCUGUCAUAACCUUACCCCUAACCUUAACCCUACACUACUCCUAAUCCUAAAUCCGUAUUAACCCAUACCUUGCCCGAAUACUAAGUCUACACAAACUCUACCAUUAACUGUAACGCAAAGGAUACCCUCUGCUGAUAUCAGUAAACCAGUAUGGCAUAUUACCACUGUCUACUGGCUGUCUUCAGUAUUGCAGGAAUAUCCUUGUAUUGCUGAAAAUCAGGCAUGCCAAUUACACUUGGCCUGAGGCAAUGCUGGGUGCCUAUAGUGGUCCUUUAAGUUGCAUUGUUUAUAAAUAAGUGAAACUAAAGAGUAAAACAAAUGUGUUUUUUCCUCAGGUUGUUUGAUGAAAAUAAGAAGUUCAUUAAACAUUAAUUGUCCACUAUACCGCUAAGAAUACAAACCUGUAUUCCUAAUGCAAUGGUGUUCUACUAACGUCUGCGCUUCCCACCCCAUGUGCAUAAGACAAAAAGAUAAUAAUAUGGAAAAUGUUUUUAUUUUCCAAAAACUCACUCUCAGUAUGUGAUUGGUUUAUUUGGGUAUUUAUUGUUGCAGCUAUUGUUAGUUUCAGGGUAACAUUAGCUGUAUAACAUCUUCAUUUCCCAAUGGAAACAUCUAAGCUUUUCAUCAUCUUAGAGACUUUGAUCAAUGGGAUGUACUAUGUAUAAGCCUAGUUGGUUCUAGAUAAUGUUGUCUCAUUUUGAAAUCAGGUUCACAUGCCUAUAUAUUUAGCAGUUUAAUCUGCAGGUUUACAGAGAGUCGUUUCAUGGAAUUAUUCUUAAGCAGUCGGAGUUACUACUGUCAACAACAAUAGAAGAUGAGAAGCUUGGCCAGAACGUCUAAAUUAUAACCAACGUGAACACUGUUUACUGAAUUGGUGUUAACAACUGUGAAUGGUUAUAGAGCUUAUUGAAGAAAAGGCCCCUAAAGGCUUCUAUUAAGCAGCCGUCUUGUAUAUUCUGAAAAUAAUCUGGAAACACCUCCUGUUAUAACAAUAAUAACACACAAUCCUAGAGCUUUUUCAAACUAUCUUGGUGUAAGCUAUUCAACAACAUACAGCUGGCUAUAAAUCUGUAUUGGCUCCUUUAAAGUCUCAAGAAUAUUUACCAUCUGGUCCCAAUACACAGCGUAAAUGGCCAAUGCAGUUUUGAUCCUUUUUGCUUGGAAAUUAUUCACUCCAUUUCAUUUACUGUAAAUAUCAAUGGGUUACCUUUUUCUUGAUUUAUAAAAAGUCCAGCUUAUGAUUUUGGGCUGUUUCUAGUUCCUUGUUAAAGUAAUCCAGAUUCCAAAUGACUUAUAUGCGAUUAGAUAAUACAUUUUUGUUUAGUUUGUUUAUUUUUAUUGCUACCAUUGAAAUGUUACAAUUGUCGUUUAAUAGUGAACGUGAUUAAAGCAAAAAAAAAAAUACCAACGAAUAUAAUUGACUGUUCAAUUAAAGAGCCGUUCUUAUAUAAGCUUAGUGGACAAUUAAAUAUUAAAAUAGAUGUGGUGUAAUAUGAAGAAUAAGAAAAUAUGUAUGUUGAAUAUCAUCUGCAAAGGCACAAAAAAACAUUUCAUACAAAUCUGUCCCAAAGAAAUAAUUCCCAGACACAAGAACACCUAAAUGGAUCAUUUUAUUUACUUAUAUAAAAAGGAUUCUUAAUAAUGUGACCUUCCAGGCACAUGGACAAAUGUCAUAUAUUGUAAUAUGCAUAAUGUUGGACCUUCUAAUCUGAAUUAAUUAUACAAUUUAGCUUCUCCUUCGCCUAUUAACUGAGUAUGUGCUUGAUGUCUUUUUUCCUCUGUAUGCAUUGAUUGACUGAAAUGAUUAAGCCGUAUCCUUGUUGCACAGAGGUGAGCUGCAUCAAGGCAGAAUCUGUAUAUUCCAUAAUAAAUAAAAUUUAAGAUUUUUUUUUUUUUGCAAAGAUAUAUAUGAAUAUCAUUGGUUUGCCUGGUACCAGCCCAUAAGGCUUAUAUUAUCCAAAUGAAGUAAAAUACAUUGAUGCACUCAUGGUCUUUCCAUUUAUUAUAUUUUUUUAUUACAAAUACAUGUACCGGUAAUCCCCAAAAAUCUAUCGUUUUUUGGGGAUUACAUGUAUUUGGAAUAAAGAAAUAUCGUUAGUGGCAAGACCAUGCGUGCAGCCAUAUAUUUACUUUAUUUAUACACAAUUUUUAAUUUUUUUUUUAAAGAAACACUACAGGGUCAGGAGCACAAACAUGUAUUCCUGACCCUAUAGUGUUACAUUCACUAUCUUUUCCCCCACACACUUUUUUAUUACAAUCUGGUGCUGGCUCUGCCCAUGAUCUGCCUCCUUGGCUGACCUUAUCGGAAGUGAUGAUCUGAGCCAAUCACAAUGCAUAGAUGAUGGUUUUAACACUAUAGCAUCAGGAAUCUAUGUUUGGGAUCCUGACCCUAUAGUGUCCCUUUAAAUAUCUAUGUAAAAUGCACAGGCAACUGUGGUCAAUGUUUGAAGUUACUGUAGUGUAAUUAAGCAUAAUCGUCCUGUCAACUUCAAUCUAAUCUUGAUGUGCUUGUAAUAUAUUCACUUUCUGUUGUGCUUUGCUCUUGAUUUGGAAAUUGUUCAAGCCAUAAUAAGAUUUUGCUAUUCUCUCAUCAUAUGUUUGAGCUAUUGCCCUUAAAAUCCUUUAUUUGUAACAAGUUGAAGCAAUGAAAAAUGAUCAUGAGUGAAUAUUCUAACUAGUCGAGCAAAAGCUUUAAUUUAACAAAGACCUAGUUGGCCAUCAUAAACUAAAGGUGGUUCUGAUAAAAUGCCAGGGAAGGCUUAAGGCCAUAUGAUAUAGAUUAGAGAAUAGGUUCCGCUCAAGUAUUAAAGGUCAACAGACACACCGGAUUUUAGGGGAAAACAAAGUUUAAUAUUGAUAUUGUUAACUUAAUCUUAUAUUUUUCUAUCAUGAUAGGAUAAGUAUUAUUAUUUGUGUAAUGCAAGACAGUAAAAUUGGAGAUGGUUGUUUUCAUUUUUUUUAAAGUUUAUGUUUGUUAUAGUUAUAAUAUAGUAAGAUAAUGCUAAAGUGAGCGUGAUGGUGUCUUGGAAGUUAAGGAGCUUUUAAAGCAUUUUAAAGAAAUAUUAGCAGAAAUGAUUGUGGGCAUGUUGGGUUGUAACAUUUAAAUUGGUUUAUGAGAGAAUUUUGUUUUGUAUAAUAGUUUCUGGUAUAUUUAUUUUUGCUCUGAAAGAGAACAAGUCUCUAGAAGAUACUAGGACUAAACAAAAUCAGCACCUAAAACAUAGAUGUCUUACCCAUCCAUAUGCUUCUUAAUCUCUAACCCUGAAUAAUUUUACUGAAUUUUUGUAAAACCACACCUAAGCUAAAACCCUUUAAGAAAUACAAAUAAUAUAAACUAAAUAUGAGGAAAAGAGGUUUUGCCAGGUGGAAUGACAAUAUCAUACAUACAAUAUAUUUAUAACUGUUUUUAAAAAAAAAUGUUUACAGAAAAGAAUUGGAGUAACCCUUUAAGAAUAAAGGUUUUUUUUUUUUUUUUGUAUUCCUGACCCUAUAGUGUUAAAACCACCAUCUGGCCCCCCUGGGCCCCUCAUGCCUCCAUAAAUAUAGCAAAAUCAUACUGUAUUCAAGCCUGAAGCUGUAGAUCUGCAUGCUGUUUGCCUCAGAAAAACAUGCUAGCUGCUAUCAUCAGAAGUGGUGGCCUGAUCCAAUCACAAUGCUUCCCCAUAGGAUUGGCUGAGACUGACAAGGAGGCAGAUCAGGGGCAGAGCCAGCAUAGUUCAAACACAGCCCUGGCCAAUCAGCAUCUCCUCAUAGAGAUGAAUUGAAUCAAUGAAUCUCUAUGAGGAAAGUUCAGUGUCUGCAUGCAGAGGGAGGAGAUACUGAAUGUUUUAAUGCAUUUUAGGCAGCCAUGACCCAGGAAGGAUCUCUAACAGCCAUCUAAGGAGUGGCCAGUAAAGUUAUCACUAGGCUGUAAUGUAAAUACUGCAUUUUCUCUGAAAAGACAGUGUUUACAGCAAAAAAACUGAAGGUAAUGAUUCUACUGACCAGAACAAAUUCAAUAAGCUGUAUUUGUUCUAGUGUCCCUUUAAUGAAGAAGUUUUGGUGCAAAGAUAAUGCCCCUGCAGUCUCACUGCUCAAUUUUCUGCCAUGUUGGAGUUAAUCACUUUGAAAGAGUCUGCAACUCACAUGCAGGGAUGUGACUAUGGCUGUAUAAACAAACACAUUCUGUAAAGAUAGAUCUAAUGUUUAUACUUCCAUUAUUGCACAGUCUGCAAUAAAGAACAUCCUGUGUGUGAUUAAUUCAAUUUACAGGGCAGGGGUCAAAACUUAUAAAGUAACUUAACAUCUCAUUGAAAAUGAAACCAUUUUUUCAUGUAGGCUAUGUGAGUCACAGCUGGAGGAGAUGUGGCUUGCGCUGCAUAAACCAGAACUUAACUGAUUUAACUCCUAAAUGGCAGAGAAUUGAGCAUUGAGAUUGCAGGGCUUGAUCUAUACACUGAAACGGCUUCAUUAAGCAAAAGUAAUUUAAACCCUUGGUUGGGCCUGGUCCGUCAUGCUGGGGAAGCACUGAACGAAGGAUCCAUUCCGCCAUGCACUAAAAUUACCCCUCAGGGGUUAAAAAAUAUAUAUUUAGCUAGCUGGGGUGGGUGGAAGUUAGUGGGGAAUUGGGGAAUUUUGUGUUAGGCUAACUAGGGGUUAACGUUAAAGAUUUAAAAAGUUGAAAAAAAAAAUGUUUUAAUAACGAUAAAAAAAAAAAAGUAAAAAUAAUCCCUUACACAGUCCUAAUAAAAAUUAACCCCUUCCCUGCCAGUUCAUCACUGCUUACGGUGAUCACAGUAUAAUACUGUGAAUUGUAUUUUUAUCUUUUUUUUUUUUUUUUUUAACCCCUGAAAGUUAACUUAUUAUUUUUUUUUAACCCUCAUGGGUUCAAUUUAUUUCAUUAAUUUAAACAUUUUAAAAUAAUAUUUUGCUAACUGGGAUUGGUGGAAGUUAUGGGAAAUUGUGGAAUUUACUGUUAGUGCUGCUUACUGCUAGUCAGGGGUUAAUGGUAAAAAUAAAAAAGUUUAUACAAAUUUUAAGUGUUAAAAACGUUUUAAGAAAGUUUAAAAAGUAAAAAAAAAUAUAAGUAAACAAAAAAGUUUAAAAAAGUAAAUACAUUAAAAAAUGCUCAUUAUAACUACACCGGCAACAAACUGCUCCCAGGCUAAGGUUCAAAGUAUGCCAUUUGAAUUACCCCAGAGUGUAUUCUUUAAUAAAUAGUAUGUGUUUAUGGGAUAGUGUUUGAAUAACCAACCAGCUAAACUGCUCCGAAAUGAAACAUGGACACAGCGUAAAACUUCAAAGUUAGAACAAAAAACUGGCUACGUCUCAAACGUGCCCCUUCAACAUCCACAUAUUCCUGGCAAAGGUACAUAUUGUUGUACUUGGACGACAUAGCUGAGCAACAUAUAAAAUAUUAUACAGCCUUUGCAUACAUAAGAUUUGCAAAAUAUACGGUGCAAACUCACUUUGUGUGUCAAAAAGGCAAAAAAAAUGCUUAUUACCACUACACUUGGUACAAGCUAGUGGAAAAAAGAUGACUACGCUAAGGUUCAAAAUAUGCCUUUUGAAAUACCCAGGGAUGUCUUCUUUAAAAAAAUGGUAUGCCUUUAUGGUGUAGUUGGAAUAUGUUGCUUGCUGAAGUGCUCCAGAAUGGAACACGGAGCCAUCAAAACCAUCUAUGAAAAUGCACACUUAAAAACCUGAACUUGUCACGUCUCUUAUCAGCUCUGUAACUUCACAAAAUAGUGUCUAGGUCAUACAUUUGGCAUAUUGUUUUACUCAGAAGAUGUAAAUGAGCAUAAAUUGGGGGAUUUUAUGACAGUGGCACUUAUCAAGUGUAAGAAAUACUUAGCAAAAAUGCAACAUGUAUGUAAAAAAAAUAACAUUUUAUUUCCUCACCACAAACAUUGACAUAAACUGGUGAAAAAAUGGUGACAAGUUAAGGAACAAUAUACACCAUAUAAGAUACCCUUGGGUGUCUGCUUUCUCAAAUGGAAGCACUUUGUGGGUGUAUUAUAACAUUUAAACUGAAAUGAUUAUAAUGCCACAAAAUGUGACAUACUGUAGAGGCCCAUCAAAUCAAUCUAUGAAAAUUCUAACUAUAGAGAUUGAAAUAGCCUUGUCUCUUUUAUGGCACUGUAGUUUCACAGAAUACUGCCAAAGGCAUACAAUGGGGGUAUCGUUGUACUCAGCAGAUAUACCUGAACACAAUAUGGGGUUCUGUACAGGAAUAACACACCCAUGUUUGCGAAAUACACUUAAAAAAAUAACUUGUUAUGUGUAUAUGCCAAAAUAGAGAAAAACACAAUUUUACUCCAAUAUUUAGCAGAGAUUAGUGAUGAAAUAGCUAUGUAAAAAGUGUCAAAAUAACCUUAGGUAAAUAGCCUGUGAUGUCUACUUUAUAUAAAUAUAUACUUUUGUCUGGCAAUUUUGUUUUUUGUGAUGGCUACUAAACUUUACAAGACAAACAUACCAACUUCUAAAAUUCUUUCACAUUGAAAUUAUAUUUUAGUCCUUGUAUUUUGUGACCUGUAACUUCAAAAUAAGCUGAAAUCCUAUACAUAUUAUGUAGUCUAUAAAUCAAGACACAUAAAUGAAUUUAUUUUGAAUUACUUUUCUUAAGCUGGACAUAUUAUGCACACGCUAUUAUUGCCAAAAGUGUGCAUUUUUUUUUUGGGGGUUCUCCCCUCUAUUUUUUAAUUAUUGACAAUUUACAUAUGGAUAUGUGACAUCGAUUUUUUUUUUUGUCCUCUAAAAAAUGCAUAUAUUAUGUGUUAGUGCAAUAAAUGAGAGAGAUGCAAAUUGUGGUUGAACACAAACAGCAAAAAAUGAUGCAUAAAUUGCUUGUGUUCUUAAGGGGUUAAAGGAAUACUCGAAGCACUGUAGUGAUUAUGGUGCCAAGAGUGCCCUCUCACCAUACCACGGUAUUAUUAGUCAAACCAACUUUGAAUGGCUUGAUAACUUAUUGGGCCCACUGGAUGCCCAUGGCAUCCGGCUCGAUGUCUAUAGAAAAAAGCAUAGCAGGACUGCACUUUUUGGCUGUUAUCGGAGGCAGAAAAUUUACCAAGGUGUAGUGUCUGGCAUGGCGAGCACCUAGUAUACCUAGUUAUUGCAAGACCUCAUAUUUAGUCUUAUAAAAAGCAUAAAAAGAUGUUUAAAGAUUGAUCUCAAUGGACUGGAGUCUUCUUUUUUUUUUAAUCUAGAUUACUAUAGCACUAUGUAACUGUGUCUUUGAAUUGACAUCACAAAGAUUAGUGCUUCUUCUGGACCAAGGGGUUUAUUGUAUUCCUCUAAAUUGUAUGGUGUUCGUUUAAGAAGAUCAAAAGAAUGCUGCCAAGUGCACAAUUUCAAAUUAGGCAUGUGGUUUCAGUAUUUUACAAAGGCUAUUUCUAAAAAUGUUAAAUCAAAACCUAUUAAAGUAAUCCUAUUUCAAAAUGUUGGUUUGUUACAGACUGCUGAUCAUUGCAGUAUUUUUUUUAUUCUCAGAUCCUUGUAUAUUCAUUGUAGAGAGUGGUUCCCAAACCAGUCUUUGUGGCACUUCUACCAGUCCAGGGUUUAUGGAUUACCCAGUUGUGUCUAAGGUAUUUUUUUUUAGUUCUUGUUGAUUUGGGUAAUCCCUAAAUCCUGGACUGAUAGGGGUGCCUUUAGGACUGGUUUGGGAACCACAAAGAGAAAUGUUGCAAAUGCAUUUUUAACAUAUACAGAAAUACUUGGCAAAGCUAAGGGACUAAGAUUUGUUUUAUUUGACAAUUAGUGAUAUGUAAUGUGAAUACAGCUUUAAAACUAUUUGAGGUGAGAAUUGUACAUUUUAAGUUAAAGGAUUACUCCAAGCACCAUGAUCAUUUCACUGAUUUUAAUUAAGAUAAUAAAAGUUAAAUUGGAAAAAUUUUAACAAUUUUGGCCCAUAUAAUGCUAUAUACAAUUCCUCUUUUUAAAUUCACAGUUUUUUAAAAUAAGCUUUAUCGAGUAUGAUGUACCCACAAUAAUGUAAUCAAACAGUACUAUAUUUGCAUGCAACUAAAUUAAGUUGUUAUGGUGCCUGGAGUCUUUAGUGGGUUAAACCGUUCUCUAUGGUUUAACCCAGCAGUUCCCGAACUGUGUGCCGCAGCGCCAUGGAGUGCCGCAACGUGCACACAGGGGUGCUGUGGAAUGUUUCCCUGGUGCUAUGAUCUAUAAGAGCUAUGCUUUGAUCUGUAAAGAGACAUCAAAUGUUUAAAGUUCCUUUAUUGCAAAUUCGGUUUAAUUUAGAAUUUCCUAUCAAUGCUACAAUGCUGCCGCCCAUCCCAUGUGUUCCCUAUUAAGGGUUAAUAAGUAUAUAGGGGUGUAUAUAAAAAAUACUCCUCUGUCUCAUUAGAGAUAUCUUUGCCAGAAGCUCAAGGAAGCAGGCUGAAGGGUCAGUGUUAGGACCCGCUUGGGGGGGGUCUGCCUUGACGUUGGCAGGCGGGCAUUCCCUCCAAUGGCCAUUGUAGCAACUAAAUGACCUCCAUUUGUCUAAAUAUACAUAGGGAUUAAGGAGAGAGCGCAGGUAACUUUUUUUUCUUUUCUUUAAUUUUUUUCAUGUUGGCUUUAUGAGUCACAACUCAGGGAAGUGUGGUUUGGGAUGUAUAAACCGAAACAAAAGCGGUUUAACACCUAAUUGGCAGAGAAUUGAACAGUGAGACUGCAGGUUCAUGAUUUAUACAAAUUAAAACUGUUUCAUUAAGCUAAAGUUGUUUUGAUGCCAAUAGUGUCAAUUUAAGUUUGCAGAAAUGUCAUCACUGUUUCCUUUCCUUCUUUAAGAUUAUGCAAAUCAACCUGGGGUCACUGUUCCAUAUACCACAAAAGAUAUCCACCUGGAUUUUCCUAUCGGAAUCUAUAUAUGAGGCUGGAUGAAGGAAGCCUAACGUUUAACGCUAAUCCUCAUGAGGUAAGAUUAGUGGUUAAAAUUAUAUAUUUUUUUUGCAAUAUUGCUGUAUUGCUGUGGCACCAGCAACACUCUUACAAUGUGUGCAUGUACCGGUGAGUGAGGUUUCAAAUGUAUAUCUAUUAGGGAGUCUAGGCUAACUUCCUUGGUUUUGCACCUUUCAAUUACCUCAUUACAGGAUCCUAGUCAACCUUGACCCAGGAGAAUGUAUUUCUCAAGUAAUUGUGUUACUUAUAAGAGCAGGCAUUAGGUUGCUAAAAUAGGACCUGCUAAAAAUAAGAUACAUUGUCAUUGUGGCUGGUUUAUACAAUGUAGGAUCAUAUACUAACUUCGUGAGUGAGAAUGCCGGAUUUUGUGUGUGUCUGUGUUUGUGUAUGUAUGUGUGUAUGUAUGUAAUAUAUAUAUCUCAAAUACAGCUUGGCACUCUCCUAGUCACUGAAUAAAUAAAGGUAAUAAUUGCCUAGGUGCUACCCGCGUUAAGCAUAUAUCCAAAUAAUAUCAGGGGUGCACGCACAGGUCUUGUGAAAAAAAUCUUGGUUUAAUGGAACAAAAAACUUUGGUUACAUCUGUAAUGCAAGCGACGUUUCGACCCCUUACGGGUCUUUUUCAAGAUUUUGAAAAAGACCCAUAGGGGAUGAAAUGUUGAUUGCAUUACAGAUGGAACCAAAGCUUGUUGUUUUUUUGGUUUUUUUUGCUCCAUUAAUAUAUAUUUGUAAUGCUAUACCUGAAGUACCUGGGGAAUUAUAUAUAUGCUACGUGCGUACUUGCUGUACCUGAAUAGCACAUUCUCAUUCUUAGCUCAAUGAUGGACAUUUCCACAAAGUUUUUCAGUGGCAUAACUAUAGUCUUGAUGGAACUACUCACAGAAGAAAGGUGUUUACAAAAGUGUUUUAAAUGUAGUAACAUUGUUUUGUUAAUAGGGCAGAUUAAACACGCCAAACGCCACGCGUGCCUUGGCACACACCUAUAGAGAAAGUAGUCGAUCCAUUUUUAGAUCGGUUUAAUAACUUACCUAGUAGUUGUUAGGGAAAUGCAGAUUUAGGCAAGACCAGCGCAGCGAUGAAGAUAAAGGGACACUGCACACUUUAACCACUUCAGCUCAUUGAAUUGGUUAUGGUGUCUAGAGUCUCCUUCCACUGUCCCUCCAUUCAGUGUUUAACCACUUUCAAGCAUUUUAAUACUGAAUGAGGGUGCCUGGCUUCCCAUAGUCCAGCCCCCACUGCAUUUGUGGCUAAGGCAGAAAUUGCCAAGGAAUUUCAGACACUAUAACUACUUCAAUUAAAUGAAUCCGGUAUGGUGCCUACAGUAUCACUUAAAGUAAAACUCAGUUUUUUUACUUAAAAAAUUUCUCCAAAGAUUUCAAAUUAAUUUGAAAAGCUCAUCCAAAAAUAUUUAAUCAAUUCCAUAAUUGGUUAUUAUCUUUACUCUCCCUUUUGUUAGUAGCUGUAGAUUCUAUAUGUAAUGCAUAUAUUGGGGAAAAGAGCACCUUAAUGUGAAUCUUUGUUAUACAAUACUUUGUAGGUAGUAAUUUUAGAGUAGGUUGGUAUUUCUCUUAUAAGGGAAUUUCUCUUGGUUAUUUAUAGCUUUUUUUAAAUAGUGUAACAUUCUAAAUAUUUUGUAAUAAAGAUUUAUAUUUAGUAAUUUUCUACUCACCACCUUCUUUUCUGUCGUCUCUUUUUAUUAUCUUUAUGAUGGGGUAACACACCAAUUUGUGGUGGUUGGCUAUAUAUUUAAAUUUAUAUUUAAAUUCUUAUGUUGUUGCUAAAAGAGGGCACAUUUGUCAGAUUAGUGAAAUGAUCAGAGAAACUCAUGGAAAAUGCAGGGACAUUCCAAAUAUUUUUGUGGUGACUGCAUUGCUUUUAGAAUUUUGAUACAACUGCUCUGUUAGCAGCACUUGUAUACAUUUCUCCCAGGUUUCUGUUGGGAUUUAUGGACUGCCUUUGUCAUUUUUAUAUCUGCGUCAAGGCUCCUACUUGAUUGACUGACUAAAUUGAAAUUGUGGUCUGUGAAAUCUUCUCUGUGUCUUUUGUAAGUGUAGAUAUUCGGAAUUAUGUUAAGCCUGCUUUAAAGCAGGUGUCUGGACAGUCGAGAACAUACACCAUGUAAUGCACAAUUGUGUAAACUUAUAAAAACAUUAAACAAAAAAAAUACUUAACAGCUCCAAAACAUAUCAAAGCUCAAUUUAUUUAUAGAAAUAAAUCGGACCUGAAACGCGUGUUUCCUGCUAAAUUAUCUACAUAUAGUCUAAUUAAAAAUUAGCAUUAUUUAAAAAAAAAUAUAUAUAUAUAUAUAUAUAUAUAUACACAUUACCCAGUGGACUUAUUUAUUUUAUUAUUGUAUUUUUUAUUAUUAUUUUUUAAAUAUUAUUAUUGUUGUUUGUUAUUAAAGGACCACUAUCGGUACCCAGACCACUUCAGCUCAAUGAAGUGGUCUGGGUGCCAUGUCCAUCUAGGGUUAACCCUGCAGCUGUAAACAUAGCAGUUUCAAAGAAACUGCUAUGUUUACAUUUGGGUUAGUCCAGCCUCUAGUGGCUGUCUCAUUGACAGCCGCUAGAGGCGCUUCCACGCUACUCACUGUGAAAAUCAGUGAGAAGAUGCCAGCGUCCAUAGGAAAGCAUUGAGAAUGCCUUCCUAUGGACAGACUAACUGCGCGCAUGGCUCUUGCCGCGCAUGCGCAUUCGGUGGAAGAGGGAGGAGAGUCCCCAGCGCGAAGGGAGCCCGCCGCUGGAGAAUGGUAAGCCUUUAACCCCUUCCUCCCCCUAGAGGCCGGCGGGAGGGGGUCAUGAGGGUGGGGGGGGGACCUAUUAACACUAUAGUGCCAGGAAAACGAGUUUGUUUUCCUGGCACUAUAGUGGUCCUUUAACUGAGAAAAAUUAUUCAGAUCAUUUUUUUAAUUUUUUUAUCCUACACCAGAAAUGAGCAUAUAUAAGAACUGUUUAAUUAAUUUCCAUGUCACUCACAGUUAGCACAAUUUGAAUAUAUACAAUUGUUCUUGUUCAAGGGAAUUGAAUACUUUCUAUCCAGGGGAAUACUUGAUGAUACACCAAAAGAAAUAGCAAAGUUUAUAUUUUAUACCAGAACACUAAACUGGAAAAAUCUGAGGGUAUAUCUUGAUGAAAGGUAAGCUCAAUUGUUGGAAAAUUAUUGUAUAUGCAUUUUUUAUUUUAAUUUUUCAUUUUUUUUAAAUGAAAAUGAAAUCCAGACCGGCUGAAUGGCAACAGAUUAUAUCUUUAUAUUUCACUGUGUUGCUUGCAUAACAAAGUAUUCAAAACAAAGUGUGACAUAGUAUCUGAUUAAUAACUUGUUUAAUUUAUGUCAUUUUUAUUUUAAAUUAACACAACCCCAAUAUAUCAAAAUACACAAUUUUAUUACUCUAAAUAUAUAUUUAAUAAAUGAAACUGAAGAAAAAAUUCUAUAUUGAUCAAGCUAAUAAUUUGUUUUCUAUAGGAUUUGCACUGACUGUUUAAUCCAUUUUCCUAAAAUAGAAAUGACUCUUCAAUAAAAUGCAGUUACCUGUUCUAUCUGCUUCUGUUCCUUGCUGAUGGUCUGUACAGCAGAUCACAUCACAUUGUUUCUGAUUUAGAACAUAUGUCCAGAUUUUGGGACAUCACUCUGUGAAACAUGAGAUUGACACAAUGAUCAGUUCAGGGUUAAAAAAAAUUUUUUAAUUCAAAUAUUUACAUUUUGAAUUUUAAAAUCUUAUAAUUAUUAUUUUAAAAUGUAAUGUGAUUUUAAAUAAUGACUUAAAUAAAAUCUUUCUGCAUCUUGAAUUGGUUAGAGAGGAGUUAAGAUGUCUUAAUGAAAUGUAGGCUCUUUCACUAUUUGUCAAAUACAUUUUUCAAGACAAUAAAUAUUUGCUAAUAUUUGAUUUUUAUACUAUUACAUGUGCCAUAGAAGUCUCAAAAUCUUCCUGGCACUUGAAGUGUAACUUUCACCUGUAAUAGACAGCAACCAAUUAAAUUUAAAAAAAAAAAAAACUUUUACAAAACAUUUAAUUCCUUCUCCUGCUAACAUACAUUCAAAAGCUGAUAGGCUUUUAACUGUAAUGUAAAAUGUUUUGAUAUUAUUAAAGGAACACCAUAGGGUCCGGAAUACAAGUUUGUGUUAUUGUUUAAAAAAAAAACAAAAAAAAAACCAAAAAACUAUUUAAUUCCCCCCCUUAAAGAAGUUAAAAUAUUACCUUUAUUCUAGCGCUGCACUAGCCCCGCCUUUUUAAACAAUAACACAAACUUGUAUUCCGGACCCUAUGGUGUUCCUCCUUGGCUGAUUUUAUCAGAAUUGAUUAUGUCAGCCAUGCCAGUGCUUUACAGUGGAUUGGCUGAGAUCGUCCUUUCUGGUGAUCUCAGCCAAGGAGGCAGGCAUGGAUGCAAACGCCACCCUUGCCAUUAAGCAUUUUCUCAUAGAGAUGCAUUGAAUCAGUGCAUCUAAAUGGGGAAAGUACAGUAUGCAUAUAGUUGUGCAGCACUGACCCUGGAAGCACCUCUAGUCGCCAUCUGAGUGAUUGUCACUGGGCGUGUCCCUAGGCAGCAAUGUAACCCACUGCCUUAUUUCUGAAAAGGCAGUGUUUACAUGAAAAUGCCUGCAGGGACAGGCUAUAGACACCAGAACAACUGCACUAAGCUGUAGUGGUUUUGUUGGCUAUAGUGUUUAUUUACCCUAAAAAAGACUCUGCUGAAUAAAUCUAAUUUUAUUGCAACCUUGUGUUGGGCAGUUUUCUGACCCAUUUGGGUUUUAAUUUCUGUUUUUGCUUUUUUAUUAGAAUGAGUAGAGCACAUUUGUUUGUGAUGUCAUGCAAUGUGUAACACAUUGUAAGCAUUAGACUUGUGCAUGUGGUUUCUCCUGAAUAGAAAUUUGUCCUAAUAUUGGGCAAUUGCAGUGUCUUUUCUCAAUUUCUGAACAACUAAAUAUGGAUGAUAUGCACAAAUCACAAAACAUACUAAAGCGAUAAAAGAAAAAACUAUUUCAUUUGAUUCACGAUUUGGAGAUCUGUCCAUGGCUUCCAAAAAAAAAAAGAAGAUAGAUGAUAUGAAUAAAGAUUAUUGAUAGUUAGGGGAUAGACAUUAAAUAUUGAUUUUAUUCAAAGAUCAAGUUAAAAGUGACCAAUGAAGGGAGGGAAAGGAGGAGCAGUAAAAAUAAAAAAAAUAUAUAUUUGUAUAUUUAAUAUAUAAAUAUACUUUAAUAUGUAAAAUAAAACAUUCAACAUUGCUACCAUCAUUUAAAGGAAUCCUAUAGUGUCAGAAAAACAGUCAUUUUCUUUGCACCACCUCUUGAAAGGGCUAAUGGGGCUAAAACGCCUUCAGCCACUUACCUGAAUCCAGCACCAGUGUCCCUUGGUGCUGGGUCAGGCUCUGCCUACGGCGACUGCAGCCAGCUGGGGAGACCUAAUGCGCAUGCGUGACAAUGGCCGCGCAUGCAUUAGACCUCCCCAUCGGAAAGCAUUAUUUAAUGCUUUCCUAUGGGGAAAAUCUGACGCUGUAGGUCCGUGAGGAUGUCCAGCGCCAGAUAAUGGACCAAAAGUCUGUUUGGAUUCUGGAAGCCCUCUUGUAGCUGUCUGCUAGACAGCCACAGAGGGCAAACUUAGAGCUGCAAUGUAAACAUUGCAAAAGGGUCACAGCACCCAGACUACUUCUGUUAGUGGUCUGGGUGCCUACAGUGUCCCUUUAACUCCUUAUCCUGCUUAUCAUGUAUUCUGCAUCAGGUAUUAAUAAGCUUUAGGUUCAAGCAUAUACCUUUAGCAUAUGAAGAAUAAUUCACGACAUGUUGGUAAAUAUUGUGAGCAAGAGUAAGAGCAAGAGUAUUAAUAUAAAAAAGGUCAUUGGAAAUAUUUGGAAUGUCUAAAAAGCUGCUGAGUCCUCUAAGAAUUAAAACAUACAGGUCAUAUUUAAGCUCUAUUUCUUCGGUAACUGAACUAUUUCCAUGUCUGCACUUCCUCAUACACAAUGAAAUAAGUGUGACUAUAGUGUUUGGAUGUAAAUCUAUAAUGUAGUUAUGCAUGGAAAUUUCUGCUGCUGCUGCUGUAUGUAAUAACUUUUUUUUUUUUUUUUACUGAAAGGCGAGAUGUCUUGGAUGAUCUUGUGACUCUGCACAAUUUCAGCAAUCAGUUUCUACCAAAUGCACUGAGAGAAUUUUUCCGGCACAUACACGCGCCAGAAGAACGUGGGGAAUACCUUGAAACACUCAUCACAAAAUUCUCACAUCGAUUUUGUGCUUGUAACCCAGGGCUUGCAAGAGACCUUGGCUUAAGCCCAGGUAAGAAAAAAGAAUAGAAAUGUUUAUGUAAUGCCAAUCAGAACUCAACAGUGAAUCACUAGAUUGACAGUUCGAACAUCUGAUGAUCAUGCAUCCUCCAAGGGGUUUUUAGUUCCUUGAUGGAAUGUUAAUGUAGUACUCAAUGCUUUGUGGGGAAAAGCCCUUUACUGAAAGUAUUCACCAGUCUCUGUCUUUCAAAACAAUAUUUUUUUAUUUAAAAAAAAUAUAUAUAUAUAUUUUGUCCUCUUAUAAAACAAUAAUAAAGUACAAAAAUGGAGGUAACAUACAUUAAAAAGGAGGAUGUUGACAUUUACAUAAUUAUUAAUUUCGCUGCAUAACACAACAUUUUAUAACCUUUCUGAGAAUAUGCACUCCAAAAAUUACACUAUACAGUGAAGUAUAUACUUGUUUCUCCUCUCAGGUGCCUAUUAUACUUUAUGACCUUCUUCUAUUCUGUUUUCUUAAUAAGAAUUUCCUACAUUCAUUCUUCCAUUCCUUCAUUCACUCUUGGUUCAUAUAUAUUUAACAAUCUACUGAAAUCCUAUAUUCGAUUCCCUAUUAACCCUGUUUAGAGAGGGAGUAAACAUUGAAAGCAUACCAUAUAUUUCCUCAUUCUUUUCCCUCACUUCACAAAAUAAAACAUUAUCAUAAAUACAAUGAUAUAUACGGUAUAAUAGGCUGUCCAAGCGGUGCCAUGCCUGUCACAGCAAGCAUCAAUCCCAUGGGGGAAUAAUCUUAAACCAUUUCAAACCAUGGAGUCCAGAUUUUAUAAUAUGAGUCUAAAUUACCAUUUAGAACAUUAAAAUAAUAUUCAAUUUACCCUUGAAACAAGGUCUAAAUGACGAUCUGAGACCACUCUGGAAGGCUUAAUUUCUGCCAUUCCCUGGCUAUACAAUUUUUAUAUAUAUAAAAUGUUUGUAUGCAAAAGUAGUAUAGGCCAUGGGUAUAGGAGAAAAGAAAGUGUCUCCGAACCCUCAUUAAAAAAAACAAAAACAAGGGCUACACAGUGGGGGGUAGAGAUAGUGACAGCAGGGCAUCGUUAUAUAUUUAUAUUAUGUAGCCAAAACUAUCACAGAAUUAUUAAACAACACAGAUAUUAGUAUUAUUCACACACAACAAAUAUUUAACUAAAAAAGAGGGGCAUUCAUUUUUCAACCAAUUGUUUCUUGGACACAGCGCCUUAUAAUAAAAGGUGUAUUCCUUCUAAAGGAAACUGUAAUCAAUAGAUGAUAAUCAAGCAAAAUAAAUAUAAUCAAAAACAUAACUUUGUUUGUUCUAUAAGGAAAAUAUUUUUCAACCAAGGAACUAGGAAAAGGUUUCACAGAUUAACCACAAUAUAGAAAGGUUUUAAUUGAGUAAAUAAGGAGAAGUCCUCUCAAGUUUUGCUCAAGUAAAUACAGCCGUUGUGGUGUCUCAAUAAAUCUGUAAGUAAUCCAACCAAAAUGAAGAAAAAGGAAUAACUUUAAAUUUUUUUUUUUUUUUUUUAAAACACCAUAUUAUAUAAUCCAAAGGAAAAUAUGGAUAUCAUAACAGAACCGUAACCACUUCACAAAUCAUUGUUAGUGGGCAUGAUUCUCUCUUCUUUGAUUUCCUGAGAGUUUUUGGAGUUUGAGAAUUUUGAGGGUCUCCUGGUGUCAAGGUGGUAAUAAAAUCCUCUCCUUCCAUUUGGUGAAUUAAUUAGAAUAUUCUGCCCAUCAUGUUGGAACAGUACCUUCACUGGAAAGUCCCAUCUGUAUUUAAUACCUUUACUUUGUAUUUGUCGAGUAAAGUCCUGGAACUCUCUCCUUUUAGCCAUAGUAGCAGCUGAAAAAUCCUGAAAAAUUCGAACAUGCUUGAAUUCCUCAGGAAAAUGUUUUCCUCUUCUCAAGGCACCCAGAAAAUAAUUUGUAUGUCAUAGAAAUUAAUUCUAGUAGUGAUGUCUCUUGGAGCCUCAUUCGGUGCCGAAUUUGUGUUCGGCAGUCUAUGGCACUUAUCUAUUAUUAGUUCUGAAUCAGAGACGUUUGGUAAAAUUGAGCGAAUCACUCCUUUCAUAUAAUCUGAAAGCUCAUUUGCAAUAUUUCGUACUCAAAUUUUGUUCUGUCGGCUCCGAUCUUCAAUAUCAGCCAUUUUCGUUGUAAUGAAAGUAAGCAGAUUCUCUAUCAAACGGACCUUGGAUUUAAUCUCCGAAUGCAAACUUACGUGUUUGUUGAGUGCUGUCUCGAUGCAGUCUGUUCUGAUCUCCAGCUCAGUAACCUCUUUUUUUCACAGCUGCAAUCUGGGCAUUCAAAUCCCUGCUAAUUCUUUCAUGCAGGUCGUCCAACAUAAUCUGCAUUUGUGAAACAGAGGGAAAACAGUCACCAGAAGCUGCAGGGACAGUAGUUAGUGUCCUUUGCUGAGGUGAAUCCAGAUCCGCUAUCUUGGAUCCAGGGGAAGAUGCUGUUUUUUUUUCACUCAUUUUAGCACUGCAACUCAGUUUUUCUGAUUUCUUUUGCUUGAUCAUGAUGUUGUAAGUAACUCCUUUAUUUUUUUUAUGGCAAAUUAAAAAAAAAAAUUCUGGCAAUUUGAUUAGUUUACAGCCCUGUAACUGUCACAGCUCUCUCAGACUGCAACCAUCAUAGGUGACAGUUGUAAUUCAAUAUUUUUAAAUAAUUAAUUUUAAUUAUUUUUUACAAUAUAUAUAUUUUAAUUUGGCUUCAUUCAGAAGUCAGAAUCCAAGUUUUUAUCCCUAAUCGUUGUAAAUUUUAUUUUUCAUUUUUUGUCCCCUGGGCAUCCACCCAAUUAAUCAAUAUUAUUUUUACAGAAUAUUCUGCUGACAAAUUAUUUUAUGGAUACAUUACACAUACCAUAGCCAGGAUUAUAUUUACCAUUCAACUUAAAGGACCACUAUAGGCACUCAGACCACUUCAGUUUCAGAGAAACUGCUAUGUUUAUAUUUGGGUUAAUCCAGCCUCUAGUGGCUGACUCAUUGACAGCUGCUAGAAGCGCUUCCGCGCUUCUCACUGUGAUUUUCACAGUGAGAAGACGCCAGUGUCCAUAGGAAAGCAUUGUGAAUGCUUUCCUAUGGACUGGCUGAAUGCGCGCGCAGCUCUUGCUGUGCAUGCAAAUUCAGCCGAAGAGGAGGAGGAGAGCUCUGCGCCCGGCGCUGGAGAAAGAGGUAAGUUCAACCCCUUCCUCUCCAUCCAGCCCGGCGGGAGGGGGACCCUGAGGGUGAGUUUGUUUUCCUGGCACUAUAGUGGUCCUUUAAUGUAUAUGAGUUUCUGGAAAUUGAUGAUAUUUUCCUUGUAACUUUUGUAUUUCUUUUAUGCUUUGAUUACUCUUGUGCAGAUGUUGUUGUAGGCCUUUCAGUUAAAACUAGAUUUGACAAAACAAAUAAUACAGUCUAUAAAAUUAUUUGUUAUGGUAUUAAAAAUACUGUCAUACAAUGUGAGGGGCCUUAACACUCCGCAUAAGAGAAGAUUAAUUGCCAAAGAAGCUAGAACUCAAAAAUAAUAAUUAUCGCAAUUUCUAUUGCAAUACCACUCUACAUACAAGACCAAAUCGAGAGAUGUAUCUAUCUUCUUUAAUAAAAAUACAGCCCAUUCCACUGUUAAGGUCAUAGUUGAUGAAAGUAGGAGGCUUAUCAUCUGGGUUGGGAAAGUAAAUAAUGUGACUUAUACCAUAGUAAAUGUUUACUUUCCAAAUUCUAAUCGGUUAAAAUAUUUGAGGCGUCUUUGGAAUAAGAUAAUGAAAGUGGUUAUAGGAAAAUUGAUAAUAUGUGGCGAUGGCAGUGGUACUGAAAGGCUGGCUGCAGUGUGUACUAAAUUUGUGCAUGAUAACGGUCUUUAUGAUGCUUGAAGAGUGUUCCAUGAAGGGGAAAAGAACUAUACUUAUCACUCCGUUUCAUGCAACAGGUACUCCUGUAUUGACCGAUUUUCAGUUGACGAGAGUACGUUGUUAUCUAUUACCAAGGCAGAAAUAUUAGAAAUAACAUGGUCUGAUCAUGCUCUUGUUGUUUUAUAUGUGUCGGAGUCUGUCCAGUCUAUCCCAAAUCGCACCUGGAAAUUAAGUUAUCAUCUUGUUUUGGGCCUGAAAAAUAAAACAUUAGUUGAGAAUGUGUUAAAGUAGUAUUUUAACCCCUUAACGCUGUUACGGCGUUCCAUGCCGUCGCGGCUUUAAAGGUCUUUAAAACCGUUGCGGCGGCAAAGAACGCCGUAACUGCUUAAGCCCCCAGGAGGUUUGAUCUACUUACCUCCGCCGCGAUCCUCUUCUGGAGGGCUUCCUGACAGCCCAGGCGGCCCUCCCCCGGCAAAUGAGGCCCCCGGGGGCCAUGUGAUCUCUCUCAAAGAGUGAUCACAUGGUCCCCUAUAGCUGCCAGACAGUCCCCCUGCUGGUAGGUGGUGUAAAAAAUAAAAAAUAAACAUGUUUAAAAUUAAAUUUAAAAGUAUUUUAUAUAUAUAUAAUAUAUGUGUGUGUGUAUGUGUAUAUAUAUGUAUGUGUGUGUGUGUGUGUGUGUGUAUGUAUGUAUAUAUAUAUAUAUAUAUAUAUAUAUAUAUAUAUAUAUUUUUUUUUUUUUUUAAAUUUAUUUAUAUAUAUAUAUAUAUAUAUAUGUAACGUCAUACAAAGUGUAUUUUAAUAUUAAUAUAAGUAUAUAUAUUAAUAUUAAAAUACACUUAGAAUGACGUUACAUAUAUAUUAGAUAUAUAUAUGUAUAUAUAUAAUGGAUAUAUACACAUAUAUUAUAUAUAUAUAUGUGUGUAUAAUUACAAUAAUAAAUAAAAUAUUGAAACAAAAUUUUAUAUAAAUUAUAUAUUCAUAUGUAAUCUCAUUCUAACUGUAUUUUGUUAUUAAUAUAUAUUUUGGUAACAAAAUACACUUAGAAUGACAUUCUGUAUAUAUCUAUCUACAUGUAAAAUACAAAUAACCGCAAAUAUAUAUAGAUAGAUAAAUACAUAUAAUUACAUAAAAGAUUACAUUAGUAUUCACGUAGAAUACCUAUAAAUACAUAUAUAUUAAAAUUCUACGUGUAUAUUUAAGUAAUCUUUUAACAUAAUUAUGUGAUUUGAUUAAUUAAAAUUUGAUUGACAUGCCUGACAACACAGGGAGAAAGUGCAGAGAAAUUAAUUCGCAAGCACUAUAUUUGACCCUUUAACUCUCCAAGACACGAUAAAACCUGUACAUAGGGGGUACUGUUUUACUCGGGAGACUUCGCUGAACUCAAAUAUUAGUGUUUGAAACUGGUAAAUUGUAUUACAACGAUGAUAUUUUAAGUAAGUGACGUUUUUUGCAUUUUUUACAAAUGAACGGCACUUUUAUAGACUAUAUUAUUGUUGUAAUAUGUUUUACUGUUUUACUGUUUUAAAACACUAAUAUUUGUGUUUAGUGAAGUCUCCCGAGAAUAACAGUAGCCCCCCCCCCAAUGUACAGGUUUUAUGGUGUUUUGGAAAGUUAGAGAGUCACAUAUAAGACUUGCAUUUCAUUUUUUUGACAUUGAAAUUUGCCAGAAUGUUGCAUUUGAGAGCGUAUGGAAUGAGAAUUACCCCCAUGAUGGCAUACCAUUUGCAAAAGUAGACAACCUGAAGUAUUGCAAGGGGGUAUGUCCAGUCUUUCUUAGUAGCCACACUGGCCAAAUAUUAGUUUUUUGUUUUUUUUUCACACAAAAAUAAAUAUGAACGCUAACUUUGGCCAGUGUUUGUGACUAAGUGGCUACUAAAAAAGACUAAACAUACCCCACUUUCAAUACCUUGGCUUGUCUACUUUCUCAAAUGGUAUGCCAUUAUGGGGGUAAUUCUCAUUCCUGGGCUACCACACAGUCUCAAAGGUAACAUUACUAAUCUGGCAAAUUUCAAUUUGAAAAUGGAACGUUCUAUAUUUGACCCUGUAACUUUUCCAAAACACCAUAAAACCUGUUAAUGGGGGGUACUGUUGUACUCGUGAGACAUCACUGAUUACAAAUAUGUGCAAUUUUUGCAGUAAAACCUAACAGUAUUAUGAACUACAAAUAUUUUAAAAAAUUUAAAAUUUCUCACAGUUUUUUUUAAUUUUCUUCAUAAUAAAUGUUUCAUAUAUAAAUAUUUGAUAUGAAAUGAAAGCCCUGUUUCUCCUGAACAAAAUGAUAUAUAAUAAGUGUGGGUGCAUAUAAUAUGAAAGAGGUGAAUUACGGUUGAACAGACAUAUAGUGCAAAUUCCAGUUUUUGUUUACGUUUUGUUUUGAUCAGAACGUGUACUAUUGACUCCGUCCUGAAGGGGUUAAGGAUCAGUUUUCGCACCGGGGCUCCAUGGGUUGUGUUUACGCCACUGCCUAUUAGCAAUGAUAAAAGAACUAAAAAAGAAAAUCGAAGUGAUCCAAAUAGAAAAAACUGCUUUCAUGAUCAGACGACUUAAACAGCUAUAUUAUUCAAAAGGCAAUAAGGCCUCCUCCCUGCUGGCGUCUAAACUUAGAGAGAAAAUAGCGCAAUCACGAAUUGCAUAUUUGCUGUGAGAGGAUGGUAAAAAGAUUACUCAUCCAAUUGAAGUUAGUAAGCAAUUUGCAAACUAUUUUAAAUCAUUAUACAAUUUGACCUCUGAUUCAAAAACCAUACAACCCAAUACAGAAAUACAUUUUAGACAAAAUGACUCACCCCAAGUUGCCCCAGAUAAAUUACAUCUUUUACAUUCGGCCAUAUCCCAACAAGAAGUAUUAGCAGCUAUAAACAAAAUUUCAGGUGGUAAAUCACCAGGACCAGAUGGCUUUACCAUGAUAUAUUACAAACAUUUUUCCAAAAUACUUUUGCCAUAUCUAACUAAUUUAUUUAAUACAUUCUGGACAGAAGGAAAGAGACCAGGGGAGUCCUUGUGUGCGCAGAUCACCACUCUGUCAAAGCCGUGGUGAGAGUCAGGACUGCUGUGCCAACUUUCAGCCGAUGUCUUUAAUAAAUAAUGAUAUUAAAAUCUACACUGAGAGAUUGGCACAAAUUGUCCCUAUGGCAGUUGAUAAAGACCAAGUGGGUUUAAUUGCAGGAAGACCAGCUCCAGAUGGUACAAGGAGAUAUAUAAACCUAAUACAUCAUAUUAAAGCAAAUCAAAUGCCUGCUCUACUCCUCUCUUUGGAUGCGGUGAAGGUGUUCGAUAGGGUUCACUGGGACUAUUGGAGGGAAGUUUCAAAUUUAAUAUACCCACCCCCCCCCUUGUUAAAGCAAUUUUUGCAUUAUAUCAAAACCCGACUGCAAAAGUUUCUGCUACUGGUUUCACCUCUGAUAAUUUUCCACUAACUAAUGUAACGCGACAGGGUUGCCGAUUGUCCCCAAUAUUAUUUGCAUUAGCGAUGGAACCAUUGGCCGCAUUGAUAAGGAAAUCACCAGAGAUUAAGGGAAUUUCAGUAAAAAAAAUACUGAAUAUAAAAUAGGUCUCUUCGCGGAUGAUCUUAUCUCAUCUUUGGCAGAACCCAAAACUUCAGUUGAAUCCCUAAAUUCUAUACUACAGGAUUUUGGAGAAGUCUCAUUUUACAGGCUCAAUACAGGAAAAACGCAGGCUCUCUCUAUACACAUUCCUUGGUGUGAUCUGGAUGAUUUGAAAACUAAAUUUGACUUUGACUGGAGAGACUCAUUCAUGGAUUGCCUUGGAAUAAAACUAUGCAAAAAUUUAAACAGUAUGUACACAUUUACUCUUAAAAGAGCUUGGCCAAUAUUACAAAAGGAAAUGGAAAACUGAAAUAAUUUGGAACUUUCCUGGUUAGGUAAAAUUACAUCUUUUAAAAUGAACAUCUUACUUAAAAUACUAUACUACUUGAGAACUAUUCCCUUGUCAAUUCCAAAGACAUUCUUUAAAACCGUUCAAUCUGCUCUAAUUAAGUUUAUAAGGGGAAAUAAGAUGAGCAUAAUUUUUCAGUAUUGAAAAAUCUCAAGUCUUGUGGAGGUUUAGGGAUACCUGAUUUUAAAAAAAAAUAUUGCCAGGCAACUAAUGCCGCUGCAGUACUUAAGUUUGGCCUACAAAGUCAGAUUCCACGCUGGCUUGAGAUGGAAAAUUAUAGGAUGUCACCAUAUUCUAUUAAAGAAAUACUGUGGCUUCCGAUGUCUGGGCGACCGAGGAUAGCUGAGAUGUUUCCCACUACUAAGAUUACCAUCAAAGCUUGGGAUACUGUGUUUAAGCUAGUCGGCCUUUCCUCUGGGUGGUCGCGAGUAAUGCGCUGUCUGUAUUAAAACUAGAUUUUCCUGAUUUAAAUUUGGAUAAUUGGCACACUAAAUCAAUUCAAAAUUUAAAUGACUUUUUCUUAGGUAAUUCUUUAAUGUCUUUUAUGAAACUUCAGGAUAAAUUCAGCCUAGAAGAUAAUGUGCAAUUAGAACACAAAUUAAUUAACAAAAUGAAAGAUACAUUUUUUCAUUCAAAAUUUAGACCAAAAUUAUGCAGAAAAUGCAUUAUCUGAUCUGGAAAAUACAUACCUACAUAACCCUAAUAAAUGCGGUACUUUAUCUCAAUGUUACUUUUAUCUAAUGUCCAUACCUAGAUGAUUACAAGCAUGGGAAAAAGAUAUGGGAGCUUGUUACAACCUGGAGGAAUGGCUUAAAUUUGUACCAGCUCCUAAAGGACUUACACAGUGCUUCAAUCAUUGGGAAAACUAUUUCAAAAUAAUUUAUAGAUGGUAUUUAUCCCCCUAUAAAUUGAAUCAAAUGAACUCCAGAUAUCCAGAUAAAUGUUGGAGAAAAUGUUUUUUGGUAUUGUCCUAAACUCACACAAUUUUGGCAGGAAAUACGUAAAUUAAUCCAAAAAGUAAAUUCUAAUAUUCCUGUGCUCACUUCAGGAUUGGCUUUUUCAAAUGCUUCCCUAAUGAAAAAAUUGAUAAAAUUAUAAUUGGACAUAUCCUUUUUGCUGCUACUAUGGUCAUCCCCAGAUACUGGAGGUCACCAACAUCCCUACUAUUAAAGAAUUUUUUUAAUUAUAUACUAGAAAAUAAGGGGUAUGAAUUGGCUGUCAGACAACCUUCUUUGCAGUUAGAUAACCUUAGACACUACUGGGAAGAAUAGGAAACAUAGAUUGAAAGAGAAUAUAGGUUUUGAUUGUCGUAUUAAGAAAUGAAUUUGAAAAAUCUGAACUAGAUAUUGUGUCAUGCUUUGUAUACUAGAAUUUGUUAUAGUCAAUAGAAUUUAACGUUAAAAAAGUUAUAGUGGAUGGAUGCACUCUCCUUCCCAUUUUUUCCUUUUUGUUUCUUCUUCUACUUCCUUCUUUAACUCCCAACCCCCUCCCAAUUUAUUUGUUGUUUUUUUGUUUUAAUAAGUAACAUUGUAAUUUGAUUGCAUAGUUCAAUCAUACCAAUAUGUUAUCACAAUUAAAAUUGACUAUAAAGUGCCUCUUUAAUACUUUCGUCAUUGAUUUACAUAUGGAAUGGAUACAUUGAUAUUUACUCUUUUUAUGUAUAACAUUUGUUUUUUUCUUUUUCAUUGUUAGUUAUUGUUAUUGUAAAAAUAUCUCUUUAAUAAAAUAUAUUUGACAAUUUGGUUUAUUAGGGUAUUAAUUAACAGGUAUUUAGUGUCCUUAUCUGUUUGGGGCAUUUCCAAAUGAAAAAGUCAAAAAUACGAUCUUAAUAUAUACCCUUGUUGUAAGAUAUUUGAAAUUCAUUUCUCUGUUUCUUGUUUGAUUUGAUACAGUCUAGGUUACUCCCACCAUAUGUGGAAUAAAGUCCCUGUAAACUGGUUACACCUCCAGCAUAUAUCAAUGGUUUCUUUAUUAAUCUUACUAAAGCCAUAAGGGAACAGAUACCAUCUAUGUAUCAAUUUAUAAAAUGUUUCCUGUAUAUUGGCAGAGUGCACCGAUUUUAUAACCUCUGUCCAAGUUUUACACCAGAUCUGCACCGAGAAUUCUGUCUCAAGAUCUCGCUUCCAUUUCUCAAUACGAACAAUAGGAGCACGGUUCUGAUUAUUUACUAUUAAAUUCUUUAAUCUGGAAAUGAGUUUAUUCCCGUACUGUUGCUUUAUAAAAUCAUCCAGAACAUUUGACUCUGAAAUGGGAUUAUUUUUAAAACAAUUUUUAAUCCUCAAAUAUGGGAAAAUAUCCUGAAUUAAAAGGCCAUAUUCUUCUCUCAGCUGUCCAAUUGGAUGCCCCUAUAUAGCUGUAUAUCUGCAAGCGUCGAUAUGUAUUUCUCAGUCCAUCCGGUAAGAUCCAUAUCUUGUAUAUUUAAGCUAAUAGCUCUUAGUGGAGUGGAUGAGGUAAGAAUAUACCCAAUACCCAACCUAUCUCUCACCUUUGCCCCAGUUUUUAAUGCAUCUUUCAAGAUUCUGUAGUUCAAGUUUAGGAAUUUACUAUAUUGGGGAUUCAGCCAUAAUGUGAAAAAUAGACUAUGGCCCUUCAAAUUGUAUUUCUCACAAUGAAAGCACCCCUUCCUUACUCCAAUUUUUUUUGUUUUAAUGCUGCAGCUAGAGUAUAGGUGAACAUUGUCGUAUCGUGUAUUAAUGCCAAAUCCGGAAAAUAUAAUCCCAGUUGAGAACCAUCUCUAUUUUAAAUUUUUUUUGUGAAAUUCUAUAAAAAAAAAAAUAUAUAUAUAUAUAUAUAUAUAUAUAUAUAUAUAUAUAUUAGUAGCAAUAACACUGGUUUUAAAAAUUGGUGAACUCCAGGAAUUGUCCCUUUCUCCUCCAUACAUUUUUUUUAUGAAUACAAAAUAGUACUGCGGUUGAAAUCAUUCUGCACACUACAAAAAAGUGUUAUAUCUUAAUUAUGCAAUAAUCCAUAUUCUACAACAGAAAAUAAGUCUCCACUGUCUUAUUGUAGAGACUUCUUAAUCAUUACCUCAUUCAGAGUGCAGUUCAGGCAUUUAUCAAGCACUUCUUAUGUACCUUUGAAAGCACUAAUUUAAAUUUAACCCCUUAAUGACACAACUUCUGGAAUAAAAGGGAAUGAUGACGGAAUAUUUCCUUCAUGUAUCCUUAAGGGGUUAAAGGCUAUAUUGGUUAGCUGGAACACCAACUUUAUAUAGAUGGCUUAUAAUGGCGCUGGACUUAAAUGUCCAUUUUUUAAAAAAAUUUUUUUAAGGUUUUUUUUUUAGUUUUUAUUCAGUUUUUAAACAUUAUAUCAAAUAAAACACAUGCAUAAUGAUACAUAUUGUACUAAUAAUGACCAUAUUAAUAAUAUUUGUCUUGUACCACUAUACAAGCUGCCUGGUUAAAAAAUUAAAAUGAAGGAUCUAACAGGCCUUAAUUUAAUCAUGAACACAUGCACAGUCCCUCUCUGCAGUCCGUUUCUAAGCAAGCUAUACUACUUAUCACAAGUGCUUUAGUUUAUUUAUACAUAUGUUCUGCCUCCCUGCUAAGUGAAGUUAAUCUAUUCCAUACUAGAAGUUUAGCACCUUACACAUCUGAUCAAGCGUAGACAAGACUUUGCCACUUCCAUGUCUCCCAAUUAUAUUCUUCUAAUCAAUGGCUGCCCAAUAUUUAAAUCCCCAGAUGUAGAACUACAACUCCCAUGAUGCUUUGCAUGCCUUUAGAAUGACAAAGCAUCAUGGGAAUUGUAGUUCUACAACAUCAGUGGGAAUCUAGCUAUUGGGCAGCUCUGCUGUAAUCAGUGCACCCCUUUUCACUCCAGCCGACCGCAGAUGGAAUAGUGAGAUUAAAACCCCAAAUAUAGUCACUCAAUAUAUUUUAUGAUCGUAAAAACACUUUAGGGUAUGUUGUUGUACAAAUCUGUAUAACUGCCUUUCUAUGACUGAAGUAUAUUAUUUCUAAUAUGCAUAUUUGUUACUAAAUGUGUUGUAAAUUAUUAGGUGAUUAUUCUCAGAUUACAUCAUCUGGCUUCUGUCAGGACUGAUACGGAAACUUAUUUAAAAUAUAAAACCUUUCCCUACUUUCCUUUUGGGUGCAAUUGUACUGUAGUAAUGUCCCAUGGGAGCUGAGAUAACAUAAAUUCAACUGUAAAACUGAAAGUGAAAACACAUGGAGUUAGUCAAAAGGUCAAACUAAAAAUUAUUAGUUGUAAAAUAGUCAUGGAUAGUGACAAGAACCUACUAUGGAUCUUCGUUCAUUGGUGUGUUACAUUUAGAAACCAUUAAUUAAUCUGUUUCAAGGUAUAUGUUUGCAGUUUUGUUAGGAUGGUUUUCCAAGUUUUAAAGGAUUAUGUAUAUAAAAAUAUAUGAUUAAACAUUGCACAGCCACUAUGGGAUGCAGAUUCCAGAGAUCGCAAGCAGGGGUGAAUAGAGAUAACCAUGAUAUCGGGGCCUUACUUGAACGUCCAAUAGCUCAGAAGACACCUACCAUGCUAGAGCCAGAUGCCUGUUCUACAAGUUCUGACUUGUUAUCGGAGGAUCCCGCAGAACUUACACAGCCUCCGACAACCCCUGUGGUAGCAACAGACAGGGAUGCCUUACUUCCAGCUACCAAACUUGAUAUCCACAAUCUUUUACUUGAAACAAGGCAAAUGUUUAGGGCAAAUGUGGACUUGGUGCAGAGGUCCAAGCAGUGACGGCCCAGGUGCAAGCCUCCGAAGAGGAUAUCCUUGAUGUGCAGCAGGACAUACAGGGCCUCAAGGAAGAUUUACUUCUGCUCCAGUCUUCCCACUCAGCUUUACCUAGAUAAACCUCGUUGAAGAUCGUAACUGUCAGACAUAACAGGUGUGGUAAUAUUAAGAUCAGUUUUGUACCGGACACAAUCAGUCUGUCCGACAUACCCCACAAUCUCGACGCUUGCUUGCCCCACACACUUAGAUGAAAAUGCUCACUUUUGAUGGCUGCUUCUGAAUCAGUGCACCAAGGAAGAAACUCACGACCACUCCCCGUGAUGUAAUACUUCAAUGCCACUUGCUCACAGACAAAAACUGCAUCCUGGCAGCAGUGAAAGGGGCAAGACCCUGUUUACCUUUUGAGUCCCCUCAACUCACUUUCUUCCAUGACUUAACCAGAAACACUACAGUGGAGGAGGGCAUUCGGUCCUGUUAUCAGCCAGCUUUGCUGGUGUGGAAUAUAGGUAGGGCCUCCGAAGGGACUUGAUGGUGGUCAGGAAUUGCAUCUCACUGACACUUGCCUCCAUGUCAGAAGUCGAACCGUAUCUGCAAGCAUUGGGACUCCCUGCAAUCCCCGUCUGUGACAGAAACGUCUACGUCACAUGCGAGGGAUCUUGCCAAGACCCAUUUCCCAUUCCCAUUUACACUUCUUAGGGGAGGAAGUCUGGAUGCAGCUACCUGAACCACUCUACAACAUUGUGACACCAGAUAUGCUCUAAUGUUUUAUUAUUAUUUUUACUCGUUUUGCUCCCAUGUUAGGCACACUGUUCCCCUGUCGAGUAUAUAAUGUCCUACCAUGGAUUUCUCUUUUUACCUUGCAAGAAGGCAUCCUUCCUCCCCCUCCUCCUGUGGUCCCCUUUGGUUAGGGGCUGAUUCUUGGAUUUGUUUUAACUUGUGCAGAUAUUUGGCAUGCAUUCCUCUGAGUCUUAGUCAUUUUACCCCUCAUGGGUACUGAUCCUGUGUAAUACACAUUUACUGUAGUGCUAGUUUGAGUUCCCAUGGUAUAAUUGCAAUCUCUUCCUGGGCAUUCCUUAUGUGGAGAGUGGUGACCCUCUUUUGGGCCUCAUGUGUGGCUCCUUGAUAUGUCACUAUAAAGCACUGUUUGCGUAGGGAUGGAAGUGACACUUUACAGCUACUCAGUUGUUUCUACUCUCUCGUAGCAUUCUCUUUUUGUUUUAUUACCGAUAUGUCAUUUGCAUUUCUCCUUACAUGUCACUUUAUGACCUAAAUAAAAAAGAGAUUGAAAUUUUUUUUUUGAUUAAACAAAAUAAUAAAAUAAUGCAUUUCUUUUCCUCACUUCUAGUCUGCAGCAUUUCAUAUUUAGCCACAAUAGCCACAUUCAUGAAAAAAAAUUGGUUAUUAUGAAUAAUGUUACAACAUUAAGCUGUAAUGGUUCUGGUGACUAAUAAUGUCCCUUUAAUGUUUAAAUUUUGUUGGAUUUGUGCCAUUCGUCUCUGCAGAUUCUCUCAAGCUUUGUUAGGUUGGAUGGGAGCCGACACUGGAGAGCGUUUUCAUGUCUUCCCAGAGACUUGAAUUGUGUUCAAGUCUAUGCUCUGGCUGGGUUAGUCAAGGGCAUUCACAGAAUCAUCAAUAAACCACUUUCAUUGUCCCUGGCUUAUGCUUAGAGUCAUUCUCUUGUUGGAAGGUAAACCUUUGGCCAAGCCUGAGGUUCAUAGUGCUUUGGGCCAGGUUUUCAUGAAGGAUAUCUCUGUAUUUUCUUGUGUUCAGUUUUCCUUCAACCAUGACCAGUCUCCCAGGUCCUGCUACUGGAAAACACCCCAAAGUGUAUGGUGAGUUCCCCCUGACCUGACACUUUGAAUUCAGGCCAAACAGUUCAAUCUUCAUUUCAUCAGAUCAGAGAAUCUUGUUUUUUACAGUUAGCCCUUUAUGUGUUUUGUAAAUUCCAAGUGGCUCUUGCCACGAGGAGAAGCUUCUGUCUGAUCAGUCUGCCAUAAAGGUCAUAUCAGUGGAGUGCUGUAGUGAUGGUUGCCUAUCUGCAAGUUUCUCCCAUCUCCACACAUGAUCUCUGGCGCAUAAGCAGAGUGACCAUCGAGUUCUUAGUCUCCUCACUUACCAAGGUCCUUCUCUCCCAGCUCAGUUUCAAAUAUUAACAACUUAUCUGGGUCCUGUUAGAAGCUCCUUCAGCUCAAUUGGGCUUAGCACCAUUGUGUAGAGUUGCUCUUAUUUUCAGAGUAUCAACUGAGACCUCCAAGCCAACUCUGCAUAGCUAAGCUUUGCUCAUUGGUAGGAGCUUGAGGCAGCAGCAUGCUCCUGGCAGGACUCAGGUAGGUUGUAAAUGGUUUGAUUACUUAUCCUGGAAGUGCAUCAAGUCACUGCUGUACAGGUUUGGGGUUUGAAUUAAGCUGCUUGUACCCAGGUCAGACUUUUUUUUUUUUUUUAAUGAAAUUAGCUCAUUUUUGCCAGUAUAGCUUUCUGUAUAAGGCUCACAGAUGAACUAUCUACCUAUCUCUAUCUAUCUCUGUCUAUCGAGCUGCACUCAUCUGAACAUGCACAAAUGGGGUGCUGCUGGGGCCAAUUCAUACAAUACCCAAGAUCCAACGCACUCACUCAUCCAUUAAACAGCAACUUCAAAGCUUACAGAUAUUAUUCGUUAUUUAAAAAAAAAAAUAUAUAUAAUCUAGGCAAAAAUAAUGGGGGUUUUGUUACAGUAUGUGAUCAUACAUUGCAUAAGCCUUCCACAGUGUCAAUGUACUCCAUUUUUGGAAGGUCCUACUCUAACAACCUAAUGUGACAAAAGCUUAGAGAAACUUAGUAGCUUGCCCUUCGGUAAAGCCCCGCUCGGGUCUGAAAAGAACAUAUUCUGAAGCAUUUCAGAAUGAUCCCACCCGUAAGGGCAGUCCAGACUCGAAAUCCCAGCAAGUUCUCUCUGCAUGAGAGAUACAGCAACCCCAGAUGAUCGUUUCAGUUUUCUUUGGGCCUCGUCAGUGAAGUGUAGCUGAUCCCCCUCUAGGCAGAGUGAGCACGGGGUCCACGGCUGGAUUACCCUUUUAACUUGGGGAGAGUUAAUGCAGUUAAUGGGAGAGUUAAUGCAUUGCAACAAAAACAAAGGAUAUUUCUGUAUCCCUGAUGUUCUCAAGGAGUGUUUCUUUACAGUAAUAACAUUUUCUCCUUAACCCAUAUCCCUUCUUGUUCACCAUUUAAUUAAAUUGUUAAGUAAAAAAAAUAGUAGCUCUUAAAACUUAAAAAUACCAAAGAGAUUCCAGUUGUUAUGUGCCUCAGAUUACGUUUCAACCAUAUACAGGAUUCAUAAACUCAAACAUUGCAUUCCUGCAUGUUAUACUACUGAACGUCUCUCUCACUGGCGUUGUACCUUCAAUUAGAUUAAUUAAAAAAACAAAAUAUGAAGGCUUUUCAAAGAUGGUGAUUUACAGGGGGGGAAUGAUGGGGGAGGGGAGAAUACCAGAAAAGGAUGAGAAACUAAUAUUAAAAAAAACAAAAACUUUUAUAUCCUUGUUGGUAAAAUAUGCCACAGAUAAGAAAGUUACCAUUUUAUAUUAUCAUAACCAUUUUUGUAAUUAUUGCAUUUGUAAUUUCCACUGUUUUCAUACAUUCUGUUUUCAACAGUAUGCUAUUAAUGUGACACAUUGUUUUUCUUUUUUUGUUCGUUUAGAUGCAGUGUAUGUUCUAUGCUAUUCUUUGAUUCUACUUUCCAUCGACCUCGCCAGUCCUCAUGUGAAGAACAAAAUGUCAAAGAGAGAGUUUAUCAGAAAUACACGCCGUGCUGCUCAGAAUAUUAGUGAAGAAUUUGUAGGGCAUCUUUAUGACAAUAUUUACCUUGUUGGCCAUGUUGCUGUUUAA